GCCUGCGGGGUCGUCUUUCCCCACCGCUCGUCUAGUGUGUCCGAAUUGGGCCAACGUAUUUAGUAUGUAGGAGUAGGAUCUAGCAGUAGCACGUAGCAGUAGCAUGUAGUAUCCGAGCGGGCAGUUCGGACGCAGCAUGGGACUGUGACCUCAGGCUGACGUGCCGCUCCAGCCCAGCCCAUCCGGCGCAGCACCGCCGCUGUGUCCUCCUGCCUGCCUGCAGUCUGUACGGAGGGAGCGAUACUUCCAUACGUCAAGGACUAGCAGCACACCCGCACGGUUAUCCACCGCUACAUAUGCUUUUUAUCGAAAAUAGACGCAAUGUCGAUCAACUCCGACAAGGUGAGUGCAUUUACAUGCUGUUGAAGUGUGUUGAUUUGAUAGGAGAUGGGUGAGAAAACACAGAGGAAGGAGGACACAACGUUCGGUUGUUGAGCAUCGCGUCGGAGGCUGGAAAAAGAUGCCUCAGUUAAUCAUAACGGGGGAGGCGCAACCACGGCUUUCAAACGAUAUUUUACACAUUUUAAUGUCUUGUCGUCAACAAACAAACUGUUCUUUUCGUCAAAGGUGGGUUUAUUUCAUGACAUGACUGUGUAUGUGCGUAUAUUUAUUUUUAUUGCAGCGGCACAAAGGGAGCAAAGGAGAGGAAUGUAACGGUCAGACACAGCGGUGUAUCAUCGUGUAACGUUAUGCCGUUGUAACUGAUUUUGAUGUGGGAUACAAACAUUGUUUUACAUGAUAUAAACAUGUGUUAUUUAGUAUAUCGAGUUAGAGGGGCUUCUUAUGGUCGCACCAGCGGCCUGCACCCUACAUGUUCUCACCAUAUUGACCCGAUAUUGCUAGAAACAACAGCAAUCAUAGUCAAGGGGAGAAGAGCACACACAUCUGACUUCCGUUGAAGUCUUACAAAAUAAAAGCCUAUGGUUGCCUUAGAAACCGCUCAAGUGACACAGCAAUGCUCAUUAUUUAGAACGGAUGGAUAACUCAUUUUCCAUUACUUACAACAACAAAAUGAUCAAAUUAUGAUUUCAAUUUUGCAAUUUUGUACAGUAACCUCAACACAAAAUGUAAAAUAGAUCAAAUUAAUGAGUUUAAUAAUAAUAAAAAAUCUAAAUAUAAGAUCUGCAGUAUAUAAAUGGGGACAAGAGUUUAAGUGUUUGACAAAUAGAACUUUAGUUCAAUGCCUAAAAUCUAUACUUCUUUUGGCCUUGGUCCUUCCCGAGCUAAGAUUUGUUAUACUGUCAGGUUCCAGACAAAGUUAUUGAUAAUAUUCUGAAGAACCUGAUUGGUUGAUACUAUGCUGUAAACAAGGUAAGGUAUUGACAAAUUCAAACCAUGUUAUUGUUGGUUCCCCCCUGUAUGCAUAUUAGUUUUUGCUUGUCUUUGCCAUUAGUUGUCAUUAGUAAGAUCUGGCUUCUGUGCUGUCGGUUGGAAAAGUAAGGCAAUUUGAAUUGCUAUCAGUGCACUGGGCUUAUACCAACACUGUUUUCACUAUAUAAUGACUCGAUUGGUUAUCCGAUUGGUUGUUCUACUGGGAAGUUAAUCAGGAGAUUUAUUACCAAUGUCAACAACUAUUGAAAUUACAGACCAGGCAACUGCUUACAGAGGAUGUUUUGUCUGGAUAAAAUUGUCAGUUCAAUUAAUAAUGUGAAAGAAUCAGUCUGAAGUGUGCACUUUGGCCUGAAAUUCAGUAAACAUUUGAAAGCGUUUGUUGUGCUACAACUAUCUUGGCUUUUAUUUUGGAGACAGACUAGCAGUACUUCCUAACACAUUUAAGUAACUUUAUGUUGGUUGUUGUCUUUAGGGAACGCGAAUCUAUAUGACGGGGACACAGAUGGGAAUAGUGGCCUUAACAGCAAUAAUAAUGUUGUGUCAUGCAGACAGCACUACCCUGCAGUAUUUGUGCUAUUAAUGAAUUAAUAUUACAAAUCUGAUCUGUCAUGUUAGAGCCAAUCACUACAGGGACUACAGUGAUCAGUUGUCAUCUUCCCAGGAUGUACAAGUACAAAGUGUUUUUUAAGCAGGGGGCUUUGAUGAUUUCUGUAUUUAUCUAUCUUACCAACUCUUUUUUUGUAGUGUCCUGUUAUUUGAUUCUGUAUGGCGUGCCUUGUGUCUCACUGGACGUCAAACGCACAGAAUCCUUGUUUGUACCAUGUAAAGGUUAACAAUAGAGGUGGUCCAAUUACUUAACCGGUCCUGUGCUGUGAGAGAAACUUAAUCUCAGGAGGAGAGGAGAGCACAGGAGACUUAAAUACAUGUUUAUCCUGCUGUUACAUAAGCGUAUUUUUCUGCCUUGCUCUGUGGCCUCCAGAAUUUGAGUCAGACUUUUUAUAUAGUGCGAAGACUUUGGCACCCUCCUGUACAUAAAGAGUAAAAUGAUGGGCCAGAUUUGCAGCUGUCAUCAUAGAAAAGGACUUUCCAGUGUUUGUGUUUUGUUGCUUUGUAACUGCAGGCUAAGUUGUAGGAAAUAUUAGUUGUACAAAAAUCUGUAUUGAAGUACAGGUGCAACUCCAACUAUAACCACACUUUACUGUACAAUAGGGUCAUCCUUCAUAUUUAAGGAAACCUGUGUUUAAAGCCGAGACAAAAGAAAAUGCUUGAAUUAAGAUUUUUAAUGUCAUAUUUUGAUGCUACUUAAGAACCAUGAAGUAAUGCAGUUCAACUUUAGUGCUUUCAUGAAGCCAUAACUAGUGAAGAUAUUCAUUUAUUGCUACUAUACCAUGAAGUAAAGACUGUUCCAAAGAAAAUAAAUGUAUGUAUUUAAUUAAGAAUCCCAACAAUACAUGUUCUCUGGGGUAGAUUCUCUGCACAUAAAAAUGACCGAUAGAUCUGUUGUAAAAUUGGUGAGUCAUAAUACUGAUGUUAGAGUCUUUUUUUUUUAAUGUUUUCUUUCCCUGUAACCUUUCCAGUCCAGCAGAAAUUCACUGAAGUCACUGAUUAAACGCAGUAAGAGAUCAAGAGAGAUUUGUACAUCAGUAAGCUUAGAGGGAUAUUUCAGGUCACGAUAUUGCUCCAAAUCAACAACAAACUCUGACCUACCUUUCAAACUUUAGGAUCCCCCACUGCUUUUUUUUUUUUUUUUGAUAAUAAAUAAUGGAUGUGUCAGCAGAAUUGUAGCUGUCGGAUCAGAUUACGUUUCUAGAGCUAACAUCACAGCCACUAAAUCUCAAAAAUACAUUCCUGUGUUCAGGCACUGACUUGUGUUCCUGAAAAUUGAAGUGAUCCUUGUUAAAUACACUUGAAGUCCCACCUUUAAUGCUUUACAGUCUCUGAUUGUGUCCACUUAAAUGUGAGGUUCUGGGCAGACAGAAGCAGCAGAAUGAGUACUUACUCUGAGAAACGUUGCUUUACUUAAGCACUUUUAAGUUGGGAUUGUGUGUAAAACAUAAUAGAACCAGGAGGAACAAGCAUCUAAGAUUUCCAAGAAGAAUGUCAAAUUCUCAGUCCUCAGAUGACAGGACAGUUUUUCCCUUCACUGAGGUGAAGGACCUGCUGGGACCCAAAGCAAGGGGAUAUGGUGACAAACUUAAUCCACAGACUGUGGUUUUUGGAAGUUAUUUUGAAGCCAUGCCGUGAUUUCCACUACAGAGUCUUUUCUCUUUUUAAGAGGGCCCAAAGAUCAUAGCCAUCCAUUGUUGGUUUUCAGCGUGGUCUUUUCUUUACAGAGUUCUCCAGAUUUUCAGGACCCUCUAAUGAUACCAUGUACUGUAGCUGAUGAAAUAUUGUAAUGCUGAAAUGAUGGAGCUGUUUGCUCACGCAGUCUCUCAGACAGUGUUGAACUUCUUCCCAUCUUUUCUCCUGAAAGACUCGGCCCCCCUGGAAAACUUUUUUUGACCUAAUCAUGUUACUAACUUGCAAAUUAACCUAAUUAGACGAGAAUGUUCUUCUCUUUUAGGUACUCUUUUAGUGUUAUACUUAUGACAGCUCCUCAACUUUUUGGUAUUAGAGUAAAAUAGUGUGAAGCUGCAGGUCUGUGUGCAAGACUGAGACUAAAUUAGUAUUUCACCUUUAUGUGACAGGUAUUUUCUUAAUUAUUCAAUGUUGGACCAAUUCUUUUACUUUUUAGAUUGAUUAAAUGGAAAGAUUAAAAUAAUUUUUUUCUUAAAUUCCUGGAAUGAAAGUUUCAAAAUUGCUUGUUUCAUCUGUCAAAAACUCAAUUUUGCACAUUUAAGACUGUGAAACAAAUGUAUUAUUUUCCAGUAAAUAUCCAGCGAUUACUGUCAGUAAUCCCUCUGCUGAGGGAUUUCUGUUCACUCUUAGCAAAUGUAAUUUGCAGCAUCCUAUUUCUUUAUUUUUUACUUUUAAUACUAUACUGUAAUGAGGCCAGUGCUGCAUCUGUCUGCAUCACCAGUCAGUGUGUGAGGAGACCUGUGAAGACCCUCUUCAUCGUGGUCAUGCAUACGUUUUGAAAACCACUACUGGUUCAAUGCUUCUGCAGACAUUCUGUCUGUUCUGAGUUCAGCUGCUCUUCCCAAUCCUGGAAUGUGUCGCUCACUGUUACAUAACCGAGGGCCUGUGGAGGCCGGAUGUGAAUAGUUUCUCUGUAUGUGUGUGUAUUUGCAUGUGUGUGUUUGAUAUGUGUCAGUGUGCGCAGUGAUUAAAUCUCUGCUGUGACUCUGCCAGGGUUGUAGAUAUUGUGCGGGUCCUGUUGUGCUUUAUCUAGUUUCCCUGAAUAGACUUUGUCAACUCUGUUAUCUGCAGCUGCACUCAGUGAAAAAAAUCUCACCAAAUGCUUUGUUUGGCUUGAUUUUGAAGUUUUUCCAACGUGGAAGAUAACAUUUCCACAACACAAUUAUUUUGGGAACUUUUCAAGGCCUGCCAGCAUACUGAAAGGCUUUUUUUGUCUCGAAUCCCUAUUAUUGAGGGACUUGAAACCCAAAGAAACAAGUGUGCUACACAGUGUGUGCUUGUGUAACUCUGAGCUUUGAUGCUCAUGUUCCCACUUAUCCUGUUCCUGCUGAACAUACCUGUCACCUCGACCUAAAUACCUAAGUCAAAAAGUGUAUUUUCAGAUCAGAGUACCUAUCAGGAUAGGACAUGGACAUUUGAUAUACUGUCAAUGUCCUACACUUGCUCUCAAGUUAGCUUUGUUGACUUUUGAGCAGGGUUUUGUCCUCAGGCAACAGCCCACAUUUUAACUGAAACUCCUCUUCCUGAAGAGUAUACUGGCAUUUUUUUUCUCUUCUUUUCACAGGUAUAGUUAACUUUGAAGAAUAUGAAUCAGAAUGACUAAUCUAUGCUUAAGGCUGCUAAAUGCAACUGCUGUGCUUGCUCGUGGCUUGGAUAUGCUUUAGAUGUUGAUGUGUAACACACCUUUCGGGCAGGUUACACUUAAGAAAGGUUCUUGGGGUUCCUCAGGGUACCUAUUUGGGUCCUUUUCUGUUCUCAAUGUUGUUGAUUUCUUAGUGUUGUUUUGCUUUUAGCAGUAUGGCCUGUAGUGCAGCAAUAAAACAUUUCAAAAAUCAGGUUAAGCACAUAAAGCUUUUGUACUUUAAACUAAUUUACCUAAUUCUUUUACUUUGAGAAACAAACAAAUAUGUUUUUGUAGAGGUGCAGUCUUCCAAAUCUGUCAAAAUGAUGUGUUGGAUCAUUUGAAAAUGUGUAAUAUGUUACAACCACACCCUCUAAAACAAUCUAAAAAACAAAACAAGAAAUCAGUCACAGACAUUAGUUGCAUUGCUAGAUAAUAAACUUGAUGAAAAGAUCUUUUGACUACCAAAUUUCUGCCUGUACUGCUCGUAUGUUUGUGCUUCCUCUAUUCUAUCUUUCUCCUGCAGCUGAGUUUGUGAAUUAAGAGUCAAAGUCUCAGAACUCAACCAUAAAUAUGUGUUUGUGAAUUCAAGAUAAAAAAAAUGCUGCAUGCUGAAUGUGCAGCGGCAUCUUUAGAGCUUUUCCUCUCCUGCUUGUUAUGGCGGUUCAGUUCUUUCCAUGGCUCUUGGCCUGCAAUGCUUCACUGAUUAAAAGGCACCCAGACAACUGUUUGGGGAGCUGUGUGUGUGUGUGUGUGUGUGUGUGUGUGUGUGUGUGUGUGUGUGUGUGUGUGUGUGUGUGUGUGUGUGUGUGUGUGUGUGUGUGUGUGUGUGCAGUAGAUGGAUGUUGCCCGGUCUUGCUCAUUCGCCUGACUGUGGCAGAGCACUGGGAGACAUCAUCAAUAAACUGUUGACAUUUUCACUGUGGUGUUGUUUUGAAUUGAACUACAGCCUUUUAAUUAGGUAAUGACUGGUAGUUCAGUGACCAAGUGAGGGUUGAAAUGUACACCAGGAGAGACUCUGUACCUUUGAAGCACUUGCAUUAAAGCCCAGAACAACUUACAAUAAAGUUUAUUAGAAUUAGAUGACACAAACGUGUAAAUCCUCCAAGCCUCAAGCUGAGCGGCGCUGGAUGCAUCAGGGGUUUUUUAAUUAUCAAACUCCACUGACUCUGAUUAUCUGUUGCCUCUGGAGGUCCAGAGUUACUGGCAGGAGCAUUCAGCAUGAUGAAGGAAUUGACACUCUGUUUUCAAGAAGUGAAAGCACAACUCACAAGAUAGAAUUUUGUAAUGGCAAACAUUCAAACUUAAGGUCUAUUGCGGUAUUGGUUAGAUUUUGAGUUAUUGUUUAAGACAUUUGCUAUGUCAAUGUUGGCAAAAUAAUGCUCUUGAUGAGAGUAUGUAAUUCCGUAUGGAAAGUUGAUUCUCUGUUGUGAUGGGCAUUUUUGCCUCUUUAUUGUCCAAACUAAGAAACUUCUGACUAAAUAAAAAGUUAAUGAAUGUGUGCAUGGAUUGGUCAGGUUACAAUGAGAGCACCCUUUGCUGGAUCAUAUGGCAAGCUACUUAAGACGGCCCGAUGCGCUGGUUUACUGUGCGUUUCAGCAGCUCAUCACAGUCUGAAUGUGAAAUUUUCCUCCAAAUAAAGGCUUGAAUUUUUAAUAAAAAGCCACAGCCCUGGUAUACAAUUAGUGGAUAUCUACCUACAGUUUCACAGCAUAUAUCUGUCCUUUUGCAGAUGUAAACAUGACCAAGUGUUGUGUAUCAGAUGCCUGUGAAAAAGAAAAACACAAUUGAAGUGCCACAGAUUGGUUCCCCUAGGUUUCGUAACCCAUGAUUAUUAGUGGAAGAAAACCUGUCAGUGAGUCUGCCCAUUUUGAUAAAUGGGUAAGCAGACAUGUCUACUGUUACAAUAGAGUGAUAGACUGUAGGUUAUUUUCUACAAUUUUGAGACCACUUUUUCUUUUUUAAUGUUGCUAAUGAUUUGGAGGAUCAUUAAAGAAUCAGUAUCCAGAUCAAGUAAAUCAAACAUACCCAGCCCUCGCUAGCUAUGAUGCAUGGAGUUGCUCUGAAGAUAGUGGGGAAAUGUUGUCAUCAAACGGCAUAUAUUACAGAAAUGAAAGGCUUCAGGCCCUGGCAAAAUUAGUCUUGACCGUUCACUCCAUCUCCAAUCUGCUCUAGGUGGGCUGGCCCAUCUGGCGUUUUCCAGAAUUGCCAGAUUGCAGUUAGAGCGUGGCAGAAAAGCAGAAAAUGACAAAUUAUUUCACUUUGAAGUGGACUUUUCUGCAUGGAGAAUGCCUGUCUGAGGUAAUUAUAUCUGAUUUGAACCAAACCUGUGAUGAGAACAUGGCAGGGUUUACACUCUUGUUUAAACCUUGUGGUUGUUAAAAGACUUGAAAAUAUCAUAGCACCUUGUAAAUAAUCUCUUCAAGGUGUAGAAAUAAUGUUUGGAACACGAGUAAAGUAUUUCUUACCACCUCAAAGCGACCUGGGUGUGAAAUCAGCCAUGGCCUCCUACACUGUAAGCAGUGUGGGAUUGAGAGGCACUCUGCCUGUAACCAUCUGCAGUCCAUCUUGGUCAGAUAUUUGUGCAUUCGACAGCAGAAUGGGAGGAGACUGAGGAGAAAUAGAAGAUGAAAUGAGAGAGGAAGACGAUCUUAGAGGCAGAGGUGUUCACAGCAGAGAUGUAUUAGACUGCCGUGGUCACAGAGGAUAGGGGAGAAGCAGGGAGAGUAAGGAGCAGGGAUUUAGUGAAGCCGAGGGGGGAUGAGAAAGGGGGGAGUAUUAUGGAUUGAAAGAAGGCUGGGGAGAGAAUAAGAGGUUCUGGAAACUGACCAGAGAGAAAGACUCAGUCAGCAGAGAGAGAGUGAGAAAGAGGAGGAUAGAGGAUGAGAGCUGCAGCUUUUGAAACAAGAUAUUUCCCUGUAAUGUUUUGUAUUGACAGCCCAGAUUGCAGUUGUGUUAAAUUAUCCUUAAAUAAUUCCUGUCAGGAAAUUUCUCAUGCUUGGUAGCUAAAACACAUGAAAUGCAAUACUUUGAUUUAUUUGUAACGGAGCCAAAUAAGCAGUAUUUCACCAACGCGCUUCAGCUGAAUGAAGUAAUUUAUGAUAAAACCCAGGCUCCCCACAUUUUCAGAUGCACGAGUUGGUCAGCUAUUGGGUUCCUCGGUUGAUAUGAAUCAAUAUGCCACUUAUGUGAUGAUCAGAUAAUUGUAUUCCAUAUUCAUUCAAACUAUGGGGACAAACAUUUUGCAGAUAGAGGUGUCAUGCUUUACCCCAUGAAAGAACGAGAAAACCAUAAUCUUUGGUUGGCCAAAACUUAACGAGUUCCAUUAAAAGGCAGCAUCACUUUCAAUCAGCCUAAAAACAGGCCAACAGUCUUGCAGAGCUAGGGUUUUAGCCUCCUGGCAAACAGCUCCAAUGCUUUAAUGGUCAUCCAACCAAGCCUUACCUUUAAUUAUGCAAAUUUACAGUAUACUGUCAAACUCAGUUUAUCAUGAUGGAUAAUUUAUGGAAAAUCUCAGCCCUGCACAGUGGGUAUAUCCACUGCACACCUGCACUGGCUCACUUUUUUUGACUUGAGUGGUUGCAGCUUGGGCAAGACAUAUUGUGAAAUUGUGAACAAUUUCUAACAGCUGAGUCCUCACUGGCACCCCAGUGCUCAGGUGCACAAUAAUCCUUUUCCUCUCUGGCUUUGACAUGGCAGAGUUGGAAAAUCAAUAAAACACAGCUGUAAACCGGAUGAUGGUGGUGCAUGCUGCUGUAGCUUACAGGGACACCAGUAGAAUAGCCAUCAUUCAUGUUAUUUGAAGCAUGUGAUAAGCUACAUAUCUGCUAUAAAGACAACCUAUUGGUCAAAGAGAGUUUUUUUUUUUUAGUGUGGCUCAUUUGACCAAGUGUCCAUUUUUUUAUGCUUGGGACUUUGUGAAAGUAGAAAUUUUACCUGUAUUUUUGAUUUGCCAAAAGGUUACAUGCUCCCUCUGGAGGAUUUCCAGAUGGUUUUGAUGAAACUCAGAGAAAGGCUGAGUCACAUUUUAAUAAUAAUAAUUCAUUUUAUUUGUAAAGUACAUAAAACCCAAGGUAAUAAAACAAAGACAUAAAAACAGGAGAAAUAAAAUGAAUAAAACAGUUAAAUACUAAAGGCAAUUUUACAGAAGUGAGUUUUUAAAAGGGAUUUGAAAGUAGUGGGGUCAGGGCAGUGUCUGAUGGAGGGUGGUAGGGAGUUCCACAGGGUAGGGGCAGCUGUGGAGAAUGCCCGUUCCCCCCAGGUUUGGUGCUUGGGUCGUGACUUUGGGGUGAGGAGAUGGGCAGAGGAGGAUCGGAGGUUACAGGGGGGUGCAUGAGGCUGGAGCAGGUCGGUGAGAUAAGGGGGGGCUUGAUGAUGAAGGGCUUUGUGGGGAGAAGGAGAAUCUUGAACGUGAUGUUGCUUGAUGGAGAGCCAGUGUAGACAGAGGAGGACAGGGGUGAUGGAUUUGGGGCCGAUGAUUAUCAUGUCAGAUUUGUCACAGUUUAGUUGAAGGUAGUUGUUGGUCAUCCAGGUCUUUAUUUCAGAGAGGCAGUUGGAGAGGGUGGAUGGGGUGAUGGAUUCAGUGGAAGUUUAAAGUUGGACAUUGUCAGCGUAACAGUGAAAUCGGAGACCGUGAUGACAGAUGAUAUUUCCAAGAGGGACGAUGAUUACAAAGCUUUCUCUACAGUAUCAGAGCAAAAUAAUUGGCGUGUUCAAUAUACAGUCAGCAUUAGACGUUACUUUUUGUUUUUUAUUUGUAACAAUUGUGGCACCUACUCAACUGGGGUUGCAAGCUGCAGCUCUAUAGAGCGACACCUGCAAAAUAGGCAAUUUAAGCUGUACUGAUUUCACACUUGACAUACAUCAUACUCACAAUCACCUGAUAAAUGUAUCCUCCUAACUUAGCAGUUUUUUUCACCUGCACUUGUUGUUUUCGCUCUGCUUCUGCCACUACUGCUUCCAACCUUCAGCCUCACCACCACAGCCUCUACCUGUGAAACUAUUUUGAGUACAAUCCAGAGUUUUUUAGUACUUGAAAUGGUUUCCAGUAGAGUUCCUGUAAAACAUAUUGCAGCACAAAUCAAAAGCUAUCAUAAGGGAACAUUUUGGAACAAUUUAUGAAGAUUUAUAUUGAAACUUAAGCCUAUCAGCUGCAUGUCUGUGGUUUGCAUAACAAGGACUCAGCUGCAGCCUGCCUCGUUCCUCCUGCUGUUGCUGGAUGUCAGCUAAACACUUAAUACCUGUCAGAGGUGGCUGCACGCUAACAGUAUUAUGUAAGCACCUUUGAGUUCUUCAAGUUCAGCCAGAGAGAGAGAGAGAGGAGAGGACGAAAACUGUCUGUAAGCCUUCUUGAAAGCUGGGAUCAAGGUCAGGUGGUAAUCUUGAGCUCCCUCAGAAUACACAGGGUGUUAAUGGGGAGGGGAAGUUGAUGCUUUGUGUAGCAUUGUUUGAGUAAAUUAGGUUGAAGUGUGAUAUUUUUAGGUGAUGUGUUGGCAUUAUCACCAGAUAGGAAAAGUCAAUAGAGUAUUGUGGUCCAGACUUGCUUGCUUGUUUCAGCCUUUUAGUUUUCUGCUGGUCCUCUUAGGCUGAACAGGUUGUCUGACUGAGAUUUAACGAGCAAGAAAAAAACAUUUCCUUUGGUUCAUUUUGCACUUGAACAACAAUAAUCACCUCUUUUUUGUGGUUUAAAGGCAAUCAUUAGACUUUCUACCAAAGCAGAAGCAGAACCUCUUAAUGUGAGAAUAUGAGGAGCAGCACAGAGGUCAGUGGAGGAGAGCGAUCAAUGUUGUAAUUUCACUAAUGACUCCACAUCAGUGUUUUCAUUUAUGGAUGUUGAUCAAGCACUUUUAAAGAAACCAUUUCAUUAAACUUGGUGCUUUCCAGCUUAAGCAGUGAUGCUUCACAGGUGCGCCAGUACUUUUGGCCUGUAAGGACGGCAGAGGGAUGGGAGUAUUCCUUUUUAUACGAUCGAUAGACUUCAAAUCGCCCGCCUGUAUCUCACAGCAGCUUAACUUUAAUGCUUUUAAAUGCACACAAAACAACUGCAAUAUUAACAAAACAUAGUGUUGAAAAUAAAAGGUAAGAGUUAAGAUAGAAUAUCAGAGUAAUGUCUUAAAACUUGUGAGAAACAUAGACUGAAGAAACCUACUUUCAAGACUCGUCUGUUUAUGGUACUACUUCAGAUUACUGACUUCCUUACAGGGUUUAUUUGGUCUCCUCAUUGUCAGCAUGAAUCAGUGCCUAGCUUGUGCUAUCAUUAUGAAGGGUAAAGCUGGUGAGCAGGUAGUUGGAAAUACUCAUUUAUUUUUGCACCGAGGCUGCAGAGUGCUGAAACGCUGAGCACAAUAAAGAGCCAAUAGACACAUCAAUGCUGCCACUUGUACAUAGAAUAUUGCACUUCGUGACACUCUCCCAACAUGAUGGAGGACAAAGCAAUUUAGACUUACAUUUUGACGAGAGUGUUUGCACAUUAAACAACAACAGCAUGUAAACAGGAGAGUGCAGACGCCUCUGUUCUUGUCUUUAAAAUGAUUCUCCUUCAACCUCUGAUGUUUUAUUCAUCCUUUUAUGUGUUGCUCCUCCAGGGUUUGCAGCAGUGGCAAGAUAAACGUCCUCACCCCUGCCUGCCUGCUCGCGGUGGAUUUUCCAGAAAAUUUCCGGCUGCCUUCUCACAUUAGCUCACUUUAACUUUGAAAAUUUUAACAGGCAAUAGGACAAAGUCAGGGUGAAGUCAGGGUGAAGAUGUUGGCGGUUUUUGUUCACACAUACAGCUCACUCUGAAAAUUUUGAGAAAUUUGUAGGUGUUUUUUGCACGUGUAAAUACAGCUUAAGUUAGAAUGAUAAUGAUGAAAACAGAGUUGUGUUUGGGUAUGGUGAAAUUAUUUUUUAUGACACAGCACAUUUUUACAGUUUUUUCUUUUUUUGAACCUGUUGACGGACUGAUUUGACAGGCUUUCCGCUGUUUGGCUGGCUGAUGUAGCAAGGAAAUCCCCAUGCUGAAUCCAUGAUUCAGUAUACCCCUGCCACUCAAACAUGUCUUGCUUGUUUCCGAUUUUUCUCCUCAGCUCAUCAGUCUACAUGCUUUGAUUCGCUUGUAUGACAAAGAAGAUCAUCUUAACAAAUGAUGUGAUGUGUUAUGAUGCGUGUUUGGGGUGUGAGAUGAACACGAAAUCCAACAAAACCUUCGAGGUUGCACGGUUCCAGUGCUGGCUCUAUUUUAGCUCUCCUCAUUUUUUUGUCAGGCUUCGUUUGACACCGCUGCGAGAUGGAGAAUGUGCACACCAAACAAAAGCACUUUUCAUUCAGUUCACACACACACACACACGCACACAAAGCAGUGAGCCUGUAAUUUAAAAUCCAGACAGUUGCAGACAGCUCCCCUGGUGAAGGAAACAAGAGAGACAAGAGAGUUGAACAGAGGACAAAUGAGAAAAUAAGUCCUCAGUAACAGCACUAAAUCAACCAAAACUAUGACCAGCAGUCUUGUAAAGCUAAUAAAUAAGAACAAACGAUUAAAUGAACAGCAGAUAGAGGAGGGAUCUUAAACCGGCUUUUAGAUGGUUGAGCCAGAUCAUACAGCCUCUGUGGGUUUGUUACAUGAAUACGAAACGACACGAUACAACAUGAUACGCUACGAUACUACAUGACAGGAUAUGAUACGAUGGAAUACAAUGGGAUGUGAUGUGAUGUGGCUCGGUACAUGGCAGUAUACGACACAAUAUGAUGUGAUGCAAUACAAUGUGAUGGUUGAGUGUUUUCCCUGGUUGCUGGUUGUUGUAUUUGCACACUUGUUAGAAAAAUCUGACAGACAGGCUGGCCACAGGUGCUACAAAUCAAGGAUCGACCAAUGGUCGGCACGGCUGGUAAUAUCGGCCGUUUUUUUCCACCAAUAGCCGAAAUUAGUUUAUUUUGAAACAUGCUCGUUCGGCUCUUACACAGCCGCUUCUCUCUUGGCUGUAUAACAAUGUCCCGCCUUCAGUCCCCACUGAUUGGCUACACAGAGAGCCAAUCAACACUCAAGCUUCUAGUUAGUUAACAGUUAGAGUUCAUCAUAAAUGCUGUUAUUAGAUCCCUGCACUUUUUUUUUUUGUUCAGACAAUAAAACAAUUGUUUGAACCUUUUCAGCAAAGGUUAAGGUUUUUUAUCACAAAUGUUUACAGUGUAAAAAACAAACAAACAGUGUACUGUGUUCAGUCUAAACCCAGGUGUGUUAUCUAAAAUUUUGACUCCAAAAUAUACAUUUUUACUGCAAAUGAAUAUCGUUUCUAAAUAUUGGUUAUUGGUUUCCUUGAUUACUAAUAACUAGUAUCUGUAUCGACUCUAAAAAAAUCAUAUCAGUCAAUCCUUUCUACAAAUAUUAUACCAGACUUACAGUAACACCUUGCUUCUCCAGCACUGUGUGCAAGUAGUGUAAAAGGAAACAUUAAACAUAAAUGUUGCAACAAUCAGCAAGACUUUUCUCAGUCUCAGUACCCUGUCAAAAAAAUAAGUUAGCCACACACUAAAGCACAUCCUGCCUUUCUGGUCGUGUUUUCCUCUUAAUAGGAACAUGCUUCUGGAGUUCUCCUUCUCAUGUUGCUGCAGUAAUGUGUCAAAGAAAUCCAACAGAUGGUAGAAGACAUGAUGUAAUUUGUGGCCUACAGUAACGCCUCUCUCCUCCCUCUCCCCUGAGUUACAGUAACACAUAUUAGCCAUGCUUGACAAUUACAUGUAUCAACAAAGAGCCAAGAAAGAGCCAAUACAGUAUAGCCCACAAGUUGAUUUAUGACUUACAUUUGUAGCUGGGGUGUUUGUGCUCUGUGUUGUAUUCAGUGAGGGAUGGUGUAGAGUAAAGUAGGUUGAUUUUGAGUUAUGACGGUAGAAAUCUCCACAUUGAGGAAAACAAAGUGUUUAGUCAACAGCGUUGUCAACCGCACAAAAGUAAAUUAGGAUACAGAUUUGACUUUCUGGCCCAGUUCUCUUCUCCUCUACACAAAGAGGCCGUAGUAUUUUCUGUUAUAAUACACAAAUACACACAAUAGCAUUCGUUCAAUAGGACUCUCGUUGUGAGUGUGGACUACAUCCAUCAUCAUGACUGCCGUCUCCUCUGGCUGUGUCUAUCUCUGUCCGAGCAGGGUGUGCCUCACGCGGAUGUCCUCCUUCCCGGCUCGGUCUUAUUCCUGGAAGCACCACCAGGGUUAUAUAAGAGGGAGGAUGUCCUUUGUUAUAGCAGUGCUUUCCUCUUUCUCCAAGUGUGUGUUUGUGUGUGUUUUUAAGUAGGUCAAUUUCCCACCCGGCUCCCCAAAACGAUGACAUACAGUAGUGUGGGUUUUUCCAAAGAACCCAGUGAGGAUGUGUUUGUGGAGAAAAAUCAAAGCUAAUUGGCUCUUACAAGAACCCUCAAGGAAUCCGCAAUUAUCAGAGUAUCGACAAACCCCUGCGGUAUCUUUCUCCUUUCUCUUUUCCUCUCUUUCUCUGAGUUUGAAGCAGCAAACAAACCAAAUCUGGAGACUCAACAAGACCAAAGAAGGGAGCAGAAAAAGGAUAUUUGCGGGUAUUUAUGGUUUUAAAUGAGACAUCUUACAACUCUGAGCCGAAAAGGCUACUAAAAACCAAACAAUUUACAAGUAAGGUCAAACCAGACCUUAAACCACCAGGCCAUCUGCACCCCAACAAAAACACAUUUUAGUGCUUGAAUAAUCCUAACCAGCUUUUAUGUGAACUCCUUCACAAAUUUUGCUAGAUUUUUAAAACUUGUUUCUAUAAUAACCUGUAUGACUGUCCCUGUAACAGCUACAGCCCUAUUUACCACAGCUGCUCUUUUUCAGUCAGCAUCUGUCCUCUAUAGCCUUCAGUAAUUCUUCCACCAUAUGAGCAUCGGUCUAAGUCUUGUGCAUCACACUAACUAACACCUUCUUUUUGGCUUUGAAAGCAGCUCCUUUUCAGCUCCUAUUAGCCUCAGUCUGACAUCCAUCGUCUUCCUCUGGUGUUAUGCAGCUGUAAAUUCAUCUUCUUCUUUAGUCAGUGAACUUCUCUUAAGAUUCUCCUCAUGUAUGUCAUAAGUGCUACCUCAUGGAGUCAUUAAGUAUCGACUUGGUGGGUCACUUUGACAGGGAACUCCACUUAGAGCACCAUAUUCUUUAAAUCUAAGUAUGCCAUUUACCCACAGCACAUUGUUUUGUACUGAUCAGGACAGUGAUUUAUGACGGUAUCGGUAUUUUGUCUCACCCCUGGUCACAGUAUUGACUUUAAAGCAGCUACAUACCUCCAUCAGGACUGAGGAAGGCUGCUGUCAGAGUAAGUUAAAGUGUAUAAUGCAAACUUGUAGCAUGUUGCUCACAAAGGAGAAAGCCUGAAUCCUGCAAACACCAGCAAUCAGUGAGGGAGUAAAUUGAAGGUGAACCAUGUGGAGAAAUAAUCUUGAAAACAGAGUAUGAGUAAAACAGUGCAGUUACCAAGUGAAACGUAUUCUAGUCUCUGUCUAUUAACUGACAUCAGAAUGGCAUAAAAAGCAUCAACAUUUCUUGCAAGAGAGACUAAAAGUAAUAAUAAAUCUGCAGACUUUCAUAUCUAUCUCUAUUAGAGAGAGCAGCAGAGACUGGUUGCUUUAACUGCUCUGGGAAAAAAAAACACCUCCAAGUGUGAGGACUGGCAAAACUCCUCAAUCUCAGACUGAAGGCAUUUCAGUCAUCAGACUGGUUAUCAUGGUUACCCCAGUUUGUUUUUUGUGCAUUCAUCCUUUUUCCUCUCGGGAUUCUUUCUCUGCUUGUUUUUCACAUGCCGUCUCUCUCACAGCGUCCUCCUCCUCCCUCCCUCCCUCCUCUGAUUGGCUGGUGUUGUAGCUAUGGUUUCUGAUGUUGCGUGGGAAAUGAAACGGGAUUGGCCAGGCUCAGCCUCUUUGUUCUUGUUAACCCGUUAUCCGGAGUGAUCUGCUGUAAUCUGGUAAUAACACAGAUCUCUGCAGUGGCAUUGUUGGCUUAAAGGGACUGAGGACAUGCUUUGUUAAAUAAACAAUGUUAUUUAGAUGCUUGACCUGCACUGAAAGAUGGUCUUUGAUUGUUUUUUCAUUCAGCUACACUGUCUAAAACCUCUAAAUGUGUUUUUUAAAACUGUCAUUAGACUUUACGGAGACUUUACAUCGCACUUUUUAAUCUCAACUUUUGGGCUGUCUCCUUGGAGAGGAUGAAUGCUUUCUGUGGCUGUGCUGGAGCAUAAUGGCAGAGUCUAUUCAAUGGUCCCAUUCACCAGUUUCUCUGUUUCACUCUCUGUAUGGGACUCGAAUGCUUGAACAGCCUGAAGCUCAUAUGCAUCUCUGCACUGAGCUGCUCUUGUAAGAGACAUCACCGAGUCCUGAACUGCACUACUCCGCAGCCACAGUGACAAAUGCGUGACAAAUAUCACACAAAGGAGGCUGCAUCACAUAUCAGCACAAUGUUUCCUGUAAGGAAGUGACACAUUCAUGUUCCCAAGGCCAUCAUUCUGCUCAGAUUUGCCAUGAUGGGACUUUGAAGAAAUUCUUGGCUUUUGAUACAACUCACAACAACAUCAUCUAGAGCCCAAGAGUGGCCAAAUCAGCUGAUGACUCAUGUAAAAGUCAUCAUGCAUGAAUGUAAAAUGAUCAUUCUGAGACCGUAGAGCCUAUUUUUCUCCGUCCUGGCCCAAUUUCAGAACAGAUUCCCUGGCAUCCAAGUCUGAAGUCUUUCCAAGAGCAGGGUCACUGAGGGGGGUUUGGUACCAGAGCACACUGAGAGGAUAGCGUUUGUUUGUCAGGAGUCAUUUGUCUAAAUUCCUAUGAUAGUUGUCAUCUACAUGGCACAUGAAGUGACUUAAAUGUCCAACUCUCAGGGUCUUCAAGAUAUGAGAAAAAACAGUUGAAAGAUUAAACCAACAUAUGUUAGUCAAAUAUGUGUCUUAGGUACAGGGCAGCCUCCUAUCUCUACCAUGAGCUGUAGCUCCACUGCCAUAAUACUGCAGCGCUCUACUCAGAACAGCAUUGUAUCGCGAUAUUUUGUCUGGUGAUAUAUUGUAUCGUCUCAUGGACCAAGUAUCGAUUUUUUCAAAUCAAUAGUUAAUAUGUCAAUAAGUCAAGUCUUCAUAUAUAAUGAUAAUGGAAAAAUAAAACAGUUCGCAAUAUAUUGUAUCACAUUCCUCACUGUAUUGCAAAAUGUUAAAAUUGCAGUUUAAUUGCGAUAAUAUCCUAUCAUGGGGCCACUGGUGAUUCCCACCCCUAUCUACUACCCGGAUGUAAACAAGCACAGAUGACAAACGGCAUCUCUUGUUUCUUGUUGUAUUUUCAUCUAGAGAACAGCUUCAGUUGUAUACAGACUGUUUCUCGUUAUACUGGUACAUAACCACCCAACUGGAGCAACGUGUAAUCAGCAGAGUUCAGCAAACGUUAACUUGUCCUUUAGAACUUUUAGGAACUAUGUGAUAUCGCUGACUCUGCUCUGUCUGUCUGCAACAGACAUGCACGUGCGUGGCUGCAGUCAUAGGUUUUUGUUUUUGCUCUGUAGUUGGCGGCGCUUGCUUGCUGUGAUCCUGUAGUCUGUAGAGGAUCAGACUGUUUUUGACUGCCUCCUCACACACCCACAGUAGAUGUGAUUGCAGUGUCGUUUGUGCUGACAGAGAAUGGAUGCAGCAUCUUCCAUUGAUGUCUGUGUGUGUGUGUGUGUGUGUGUGUGUGUGUGUGUGUGUGUGUGUGUGUUUGUGUGUGUGUGUGUGUAGUCAUGUGUUUUCAGACUCUACAUGGCUGUUUUGUCCGCAGUAGUUUUGCUUACACAGCAUCAGAGCAGAAAAGAAGAGAGUCAACAUUUCUAUCCUCUAUGGAAAGCUAACAAACAUUUACCUCAAAAUGCCCAAAGACCAAAAAGUAAAGAGCCGCAAGUUCUGCUUGAAUUUGUCAUGUACCACAAACUUGUGCCCAUCAUUCUCUGUAUUUACAGAGUCCUUUGCCAUGAAGUGAACAUCCCACUGACACCAACCAUCCUGUUCAGAUGCACAUUGCACAACUAAGCCUGCCUGACCUGCAGCUUAUCUCUUAAACCAGUUUUAGCUUUCCUUGGCUUGUGUUAACAGUUCCAGCGCUCUUUAUUUGAACCCAGAAGCUAAUCGUAUUGAUGUCCUUUUAUAUGCCCAGAACCAUCAGGCUGCCAGUACAAGUUAAACUGUUUUGGAUUGUUUUGGACCGGGUAAAACCACCUACUACACUAAGAAAUGAUGUUGAGUUCAUAAAGACAGAGAGAUGACUGUGGGUAAACUUGACUCUCUGUUAAUGUGCAUUAUACAGACAAGGAAAACAUGUAAAAGAAAAGUUAAUUGUCCACUUGCAUUUCCAUGUUUGAGCGUGUUUUGGUCUUUAUUUCAAUCAUGAUAUUUUAAGCAACUGUGCAAAAUAAAUAAGAAUACAUAACUGAGUUUUUACUUCUGACUGGAUUUGGUGCUUAAUCACAGCCUUUGGUGUUUCUUUUGUGUCUUAAGUAUUACAUAACAGUAUCAUCUCUGACUUUCUGUAUGAGUCAGAUAACUGAAGAAGCAGCAGCAGUUUGCAGACGCACAAUGUGAGUCUUUUUAGAGCAAACAAAAUGCAAUCAUACACAAUAACAUCAUAAAAUAUAAGUUGCUCUGAAUUUUCUUUGAAAGUUUAUCAAAGGUUUUUUUUACUUCAUAGUUACAAGAAGAUAACCCAUAACAAAACCAUUCAAGACUACAAAUCAAGUGCAGCUUCAAAAGAUAAGUUAUACAAAGCAGUCUAAAUAUACCAGGAACAGAAGAGUUUACCCUUUUAUUUAUCAAUCACAUGUCAGUCAUCUCAGUGAGUUAAUAAAUAAUAUUUGAGCACUUUGGUUUCUCAAAAUCAGACUGUGCAAGAAGCAGAUGAUGCAGAGUGCAGUGAUUUCAAACUCCAGUCUUGGUAAUCUUGGGACUGCUGUAAUUCCCUGAGGUCAUUUUGCUCUAAUUAGUGAUGUGCUUACUCUGAUCUGCAUGCAAAAUAUAGGGGUGUUGCUGUAUUUGAGCAAAAUGUAGUACAGCUGCAUUUGCCUAAAUGUAACAUAACUUCCUGUGACAAAACCUCCCUCUCCUUUGUUUCUAAUCAAAGCAGAUCACUGAAAAGGAGAUAAUAUCUGUCAAAGUUCAAAUGAGUUGCUUGUUUCAGUCUGCAGCAGGGGGUCGUGAGCUGCCGGCUGUUUUUUUUUUUUUUUUUUUUUUCAAGCUAAAAAGGUUGAGCUGUAUUUUCCUACCUUACAGAGAGCGAAUACCAUCCACUCCUCCAUCUUAAAAAGGUCAUUCUUCUAGAGUGGCGUCGCAGUUAUUAACCUGCUCCUGAGGAAAGCUGUCUCAUCAUGCUAACAUUUAACUUUAGACCUGCAGUCAGCAGCCCUGGGCAACCUUUCUCCUCUUUAUUCAGCGGUAAAAAAUGACAGCGAGGUUCCUUUGCACCUGCUCGCAAUUGUGCUCUAAAGGUCUCAUCAGCAUGCUCAGGUGCGUUGUUGUAAAUAAGAGUCUAAAUCUGUAAAUCACAGUGAUUAACUGUUGUCUCCGCUCUUGCCCCCAUUGCCUGCUAGGCAUCCAGCAGGUUUUCUUUUUCCUUCUCUCUUAAAAUAUGCAAAUCUCCUCCACAUUUCUUUCUUUUGUCACUGCAGAACUUACAGAAAGAUUUGCGACUCAGAAUUUCUUUCAGAACGAGCUUUUAAUCAACCUGCUUUAUCAGGGAUUAUGCUUUGCUAAGCAGGUAUAAUAAAGGGAUUAUUCUAAAGCUUUGUUAGCUCUCAUCUGGUCCAGGUCAUGAUCUGAUGAGAUGAUGAUUUAAAGCAAACUUUCAUCUCUAAUCCAGUUCAUAUUGUACUUUAUGAGACUGUGCUGGAGGAAAAUCAGAGAUAUUAUAAAGAACUUACACAGGCUGAAUUUGAUUAACCUGAGUCUGCUAAGUUAGCCAGUAGACAGUGAGGCUGCAAAGUUACCCUGGCAACAGAACAAAUCCAUGUGUCUAAAAACAGCUGUGCAGACACAAAUAUAUCCUGGUGGUUCAUGUGAAUAAAUCUUUGCACAUUGAUUCCAUAUGAUGGUAAAAUUAUCAUAACCAAACAAUGGAGAAGAUAGUCAGCAUCCAGCAGCUGUUGAACUGCUUGUAAUAGAAUGUUCUGCUCUGUCUGUGUGAUAUCCAAAACUGUGUGCUGCAAAACAAAGCCUUGGGAGUGCUAUGUAAUUAUAGAUAAGGGAGCCAGUGAAAGAAAAUGGAAAAAUAGCUUUCAGCAUGUUUAUCUGUCAUCCAGACAAAACAUCUGUUCACGGACAAAAUUAUAGAAAACAUGAUGGACAGUGUUUCCUCCACCAGAGCCUUUCUGUUAAAUCUUUCUGUUUAUGACCAAUCUGUAAGGACCUCCGUCAGGAUUAGCAUGUACCACUUUUUUCAGUCAGGGAGGGUUGGUGUCCAGCAGCUAUUGACCAGCCUGAGAUGGAAAGGCACAUUUUUGCCACAGUGUCAACAGGCAGGGGUAAAAUUCAGCACUGAUAUUGUUCAAUGGAUCAGUUUGAUCAGCUAAAAUAUCUACAAGGCUGUAGUCUGACCUGUACGCAGUAAAGAGGGAGAAUACAAAUUACUGCCGGCAUGAGAAGCUAAUACGUUCCUGUCUUCUAAUUUGAUGUCUAAUUAAAUCAAAGUACAGAUCUGGGAGUUGUGUGUUGAUGUUAAAAACAACAGCUUGUUACUUGAUAAGCUUUGCAGGAUGAAGUUUAAUCGAUACAGACCUUGUUUCCCUGUUAAAGGUGAUGCGCUAGCAGCUUGUUUGAAAUUUCUGCAAUCAAAUGACCACCAAGGUUUCCGAGAAACAGACCACAGAGUGCCAUUACCGAUUCUCUAAUUUCUUAAAAUGGACAAAUGACCAACUGAAUUUCUAAUUAAACUAAAAAGAGAAUAGAAAAGUGUAAAUGAGUGAGUUUUCUGGCGCAGUGGCCGAGUUCUUAUUCAAGAGAGGACAGUAAACGGGGAAGGAAAAUGCAGCUGUAAUGUACGUGUGUCAGUUUGGGUGUAACAUCAAAUGGUGAUGAGAUCAUGGCUCGGUUUAAGAGUCAGCUGUUGCUGUGUGUGUGUGUGUGUGUGUGUGUGUGUGUGUGUGUGUGUGUGUGUGUGUGUGUGUGUGUGUGUGUGUGUGUGUGUGUGUGUGUGCGCUCUGGCCUCACAGUCUCCACCUCACAUGGUGCUGAGUCACCCUGUUCCCUGUACAGAUGAGGUUUGGAGCUCAUAGCUCUGCUCUGCUGCUGGAGCUACUGUAAGCUUAUUUAACGGUGACUUUUGCAGCACAAAUGAAACUCAUUCAAUAAGAGGAGCUUAGAAUGUAAAUCUGGAGCCACUUUAAAAAAUUAACCCCUGUUAAUGAGGGUUAUCUCUGCUUUGUACUAGUUUGGUAGAAUAUGUUUUGAUGAAUUGCAUUAUGGAAGGAUUCAGUGUAAUUAAACCAUUGAAGUAUCACAGCCCCAUUUAAACCAUCAUACUUGGCCUUUCUGCAUAUUACCACUUUAUGAAGGCUUAUUUUGGAGGCUUUUUGCUUUGCUUAGAUAAGACAGCUAAAGAGAGAGAGAGAGGAAAUAUGGAGAGGAGGUUCUCAAAGACAUUUAGUGGCUGAACUUGACAAAAUUAUUACAUUUGAUGUGACAAAAACAUUAAGAAACACGAAAUAACUGAGAUGAUUAGGGGAGGACACAUCUGCCACUAAAAACACAAUGGCCCUGCAUUUUCCUCAGUGUUGCUGAUAAUUCUGGCACCCUCACAGGGUUGUGGGCAUUAAAACCUACAUUACAGAAAUCACCAGUUAUGCUGAUGAUGGUCUUUUUUGGUUUGGUUUGUCAAAAACUCCUUACAGGAGUUUUAAGUGUGAUUUAUUUCAUUUUAAUUAAAACUCUGUUAUUUCACAGUAUCCCCCUUCUUGCUGGAUUUUACAGCUGUGCAGCCUCCAUCAGGCAUCUGAAUACUGCAUGUAGACUCCGACUCCUGUUUCUGUCUGUCCCAUUAAUGCCUCCCUUCUCUCUGUCUCUUGUAUUUUCCAGAUGUACCACUCUGACCACGGCAUAGAUUUCCCUGACCUCUCCUUCCAAGUCCCCGGCAGCCCUUCAGAAUUAGACCCAGCGAACACAGAGUGAACACAGCCUACUACAAAUCUUCCGCCCCCUUUAACCUCACAGAGCCUCCCUCUGCCCCACCCACUCCUCCUGGAGCCACCAUGGACAGCCCUCCUAAGCUGUCAGGAGAGACCCUGAUCGUGCAUCAUAUCCCCCUGGUGCACUGUCAGGUGUCAGGUGGGCGGCAGGGUACCUGUGGGGGCUCCCUGAAGAGGAGCAACCCAUUCAGCCCACCAGAGAACCUGGGCUUGAGUCGCACCACUUCCCUUCCUGAGAGAGACAUCCUUCAGAGAGAGGCUCUGCUCUACAGCAGCCUGAUCCAGACUUCCAGCAGCCCCUGGUCCUCCCACAACAGAGGGAGAGAGAGGAAGGGAGGGGGGAGAGGAGGCAGCACUGCAAGUGAUGAUUCAUCGUUUACCUCCAGCAACUCAGAGGACCAGCUGAUCACAGCGCACACACUACCCCGAGCCAAACCCAGGAACAGGAAUCCUUUACGUCACAAUCCAUUCCUGCUGAAUACCGAAGACGACGAGGAUGAAGACGAGGAUGAUGAUGGGGACAACCUCAGCGGUUACCUCGAAGACUCUUCUUUUCACCUCCACAGCGACACCAACUCUGCCCUCGAUGACGGGAUUGCUCCUUUCCACCUCCACAACCUGGGCUUUGCCUCUGAGCCUUUUCUUCUGCACAGCUCGGUGAGUGGAAGCAGCCGGGACUCCCUGAGAGGGGUAGCUUCAGAUCUCUCGAACCACCUGGAGGACCUUGACAUCCUAGGCUUGGACAGCCAGCGCCGCCAUGGCAGCAGCGGUUCAAACAUGUCCAUGGAUUGUGGCGAGCACGACUGGGGGGAUGAGGAUGAGGAUGAAGAUCACCCUAUGAGGUGUGGGCGAAGCAGUAAGACCGGCUCGUACUCCUCCAGCUCCUCCACACAGCACUGCUCCUGCUGUGCACUCUCUCAGAACUACCCUCAGCACUUCCCUGAAGCCUUCCCCGAGCCUUUCUCAGAGUGCCAGCAGAACUACGGCAGCGACUCCUCCUGCAACAGCUCCGACGGCGUGCUUGUAAACUUUAGCGCAAUCUACAACAAGAUGAACAACGGCAUUCCGGAGAAGCUCCCUGUCUCUGGGCACACCAACCUCAACAGCUCCACCGACCACUCCUGCACCUCCUCUGUUUCUGACCCACAGGGAAACCCACAAGACUCCACCAAAGGGGCUUUCUACCUGGACCUUCACACCUCCCCAACUGAGCCCCCGCUGUUACAGCAACAGCCCCCCUGCAUUGACAGCGCCUUCCCGCAAAUCCGGGAACCACACCUCUCCACUUCCUCCACCUGCUCCUGCGCCGCGGAGCACCAAGGGGCACUUGACCUCGACGCCAACUGCAACUCCUACCACCCUCCACACUCGGGCUCAUCUGGAGACCUGGCGUCCUGUCUGCAGAGUCAGGCGCGCCUGGUAGUCGCCACCCAGAACUAUUACAAACUGGUGACCUGUGACCUCUCGUCCCAGUCUUCUCCAAGUCCUGCAGGCUCCUCAGUCAACAGCUGCUCUGACGAACACAGCAAAGGCAGCCCCACCCCAACACAGCCCAGCGAGUACUUUCUAUUCAGGCAGCGAGCUGAUGAAGAGGGUGUUGAAGAAGAAGAAGAUGAAGAUAGAGAAUCGCCAAAGGUGAGUGGAGAAUCUUUCCUCAGAGUUUAAAAAUGCAUGAUCCCUCUAAAAGAAUAUUUAAUGAGCUCUGCACAAAAACUCUGAUACCCUGCAGAGCUGGGUGUCACGCCCUCUACUUCUAGGGCCAGAUAGGGGCAGCCUCUCUUUUCUCUUCUCCCCCCUCCCUCUUCUCCUCCUCUCCCUCUCUCUAAGCAGGUGUUGGUGUGAUGCAGCUUCAGGGCGGACAGGUGCAGCCAAUUUCUAAUCAGCGGAUCGAUCCGUGUGGCGGGGAGAGGAGCGCUCUCAUUCAUUCACCCGCUGCCAUAAAAACCGGACACUUCCCACAACCCGACGCUGGACCGUAACCUGAAAAUCCCUUGCCCACUCCGCCUGCUCUUCCCGCCUGCGUACCCAGCUCUCCUGCUUUCAUCCCAGCUCCGUCCAGGACGCCGCCUCACGCCAUCACCACCUGCCUCUCCCCCUCCAGUCGGAGAUCACGGACUGCCUGCUCACUCGCUCUCUCGCUAGCUCUGGUAGUACCCGACCCUGUCUCGCGUUUUGCAGACAGCGUUUUUUGUUAAUUGUUCUGACCCUGUCUCGCGUUUUGCAGACAGCGUUUUUUGUUAAUUGUUCUGACCCUGUCUCGCGUUUUUGCAGACAGCGCCUUUUGUUAAUUAUUACUGUUCCAGUCUCGCGUUUUGCAGACAGCGCUUUUGUUAAUUAUUACUGUUCCAGUCUCGCGUUUUUACAGACAGCGUUUUUUGUUAAUUAUUACUGAUCCUGUCUCGCGUUUUUCAGACAGCGCUUUUUGUUAAUUGUUACUGCCCACCUUAGUUCCGUUUUCCUAUUUCUGUUUGCAUUUUUGGGAUCAAAUAAAUAUCUGUUUAACUGAACUGCUCUGUCUUGAGUCUCUUUGUCCGCAUUUGAGCCUCGGUGCCUGAACCGUGACAGUACGGUCCAGCCAAGAUGAGCUCAGCAGACAAAGAGACUGGCGCGGAGGCAGUCUCCCCCGCUACCACGUUUCAACAAGCUAUUGCUAAUCAGGAAUGCGUGUUAGCUCAACAUGAUGAAUUGUUGCGUUCCCUGGUCAGUAGCAAUCAUGUUAUGCUUAAUCAGAUCUCUGAACUAACCACCCAGUUAAGAGGGUUGGCUGGUCAAAUUGCUAAGACUGCUCCCCCAGGCCCAGCGUUAGCCGCUAAUCCUGGCUUGGCUAGCGUUAGUGUUCCACCUCCCUUUCGUGAACCUGUAGUGCCUGUACCUGAACGUUACAGGGGGGAGUUAGGAUCCUGCCAGGCCUUUUUAACUCAGGUUUCACUAGUUUUUGAGAUGCAGCCUCUCUCCUAUGCCUCCGAUCGUUCAAAAAUAGCCUACACCAUCGGGUUAUUGUCAGGACAGGCGAGAGAGUGGGGCACGGCCGUUUGGGGGCGCCAGGACAGUGCCUGUGAGUCCUACGAGGCGUUCGUGGCAGAGAUGAGGAAGGUCUUUGACCACCCAGUAAGCGGAAACAACGCCAGCCACCGCCUCAUGGCCAUCUCCCAAGGGACAAGGAGUGUCGCAGAGUUUGCGGUGGAGUUCCGGACGCUGGCUGCAGAGAGCUCCUGGAACGACGGCGCGCUCCAGGGAGCCUUUUACAAAGGGCUAGGUGAGGCCCUAAAGGACGAGCUGGCAACUCGUGACGACUCUCCAGACCUAGACCACCUCAUCGCAUUAGCGAUUAAGAUUGACAACCGGCUCCGGGAAAGGAGGCGAGAACGCAGCGCCCGCUCUGUACUAGGACCCACCAGAACCCCAAGUGCCCCAGGCCCCAGAACUCAGCCGGACCCCCCGCCGGAGUCUCUCCCAGAGCCAAUGCAGAUCGGCCGUGCCCACCUCACUGAGUCUGAGAAGUUACAACGUCGGUCAGCAAACCUGUGCCUGUAUUGUGGGCGUCCGGGUCACUACAUUGCCUUCUGCCCCGCCCGUCCGCCAAAAGGUCCGGCUCGCCAGUGACGGGGGAUCUGCUGGUGAGCCGUACUACUACUUCGCCCCCACAACGUCUCCAAGUGGCCAUAACCCUGUGUUGGCAGCGUCAGCCUAUCCCUCUUCUAGCCCUGGUGGAUUCUGGGGCUGAAGAGAAUUUCCUGGACUCUCGCCUGGCGUCCCAGCUCGGCAUUCCCACAGAAACUCUUGACGCGCCCCUGGAGGCUCGUGCUCUGAACGGACUCCACCUGGCCCAAGUCCGCCAUAAGACUGUUCCGGUCUCCCUGGUGGUGGGGGGCAACCACCAUGAGACAAUUUCCUUCCACCUCAUCGACCAGUCUAGUCCACCCUUGGUUCUUGGGUUCCCUUGGCUCCAGGUCCAUAAUCCCCACAUUGACUGGCAGCAGGGGGAGAUCCGUUCCUGGAGCCGGGAGUGCUACCAACGUUGCCUGACGUCUGCCCUGACUCCUGAAACUCGAGCCAGCACCCGGGCCCUACCUUCCGAACCCCUCAACCUGGACCUUGUACCUCCUGUGUACCACGAUCUGGCCAUGGUUUUUAGCAAGGAUCAAGCCCUGUCUCUGCCCCCACACAGACCCUACGACUGUGCUAUAGACUUACUUCCCGGAGCUACACUACCCCGCUGCAGACUGUACAACCUGUCUAGACCUGAACAGGCCACCAUGGAGUCCUACAUCCGCGAUUCUCUGGCGGCUGGCAUCAUCCGCCCCUCUUCAUCCCCUGUCGGCGCUGGAUUCUUUUUUGUCUCCAAGAAGGACAAAUCCCUCCGUCCCUGCAUAGACUUCCGGGGCCUCAAUGACAUUACUGUGAAAAAUACUUACCCCCUUCCCCUAAUCAAUUCUGCCUUCACCCCGCUGCAUGGAGCCUCUGUCUUCACCAAACUGGAUCUUAGAAAUGCCUACCACCUCAUCCGAAUCCGGGAGGGCGAUGAGUGGAAGACCGCCUUCAAUACUCCCCUGGGACACUUUGAAUACCUGGUCAUGCCCUUCGGUCUCACUAACGCCCCCGCAGUUUUCCAGAACCUCAUCAACGACGUCUUGAGGGACAUGCUCAAUCGGUUCGUCUUCGUCUACCUGGAUGACAUCUUAAUAUACUCCCGAAACCUUGAAGAACACGUCUGCCAUGUCCGCCAGGUCCUCGAACGUCUCCUCCAGAACCGCCUCUUCGUCAAGGCAGAGAAAUGUGAGUUCCACGCAUCCACUGUGGCUUUCCUGGGAUUCAUCAUCUCCUCCGGGGAGGUCAAGAUGGACCCAUUAAAGGUGGAGGCAGUGACUGAGUGGCCCCGUCCCGAAGACCGGAGACAGCUUCAGCGCUUCCUUGGUUUUGCAAACUUCUACCGCCGUUUCAUCCGAAAUUACAGCUCUGUGGCAGCCCCCCUGACCACCCUCACUUCCACCACCAAGAUCUUUGGUUGGACCCCUGAAGCAGACAAAGCCUUCUCUGAGCUGAAGCAACGCUUUGUUUCGGCGCCUAUCCUGAUCCAGCCAGAUCCCGAGAGACAGUUCAUCCUGGAGGUGGAUGCCUCGGACACCGGGGUAGGGGCAGUCCUGUCCCAGCAGGCUGCUACAGACCAAAAACUACACCCCUGUGCCUUCUUCUCACGGCGUCUUACCCCCGCAGAGAGGAACUAUGACGUCGGAGAUCGCGAGCUGUUGGCCGUCAAGCUCGCUCUGGAGGAAUGGCGGCAUCUGUUGGAGGGUGCCCUGCAGCCUUUCAUCGUGUGGACAGACCACAAGAACCUGGAAUACAUCAGGUCGGCAAGGAGGAUGAAUUCCCGCCAGGCCCGCUGGUCCCUCUUCUUCAGCCGCUUCAACUUCUCCAUCACUUAUCGCCCCGGGUCCAGGAACACCAAGCCUGAUGCCCUGUCCCGUCAGUUCUCCGGAGAGAACGCCCUGCCAGACCCGGAACCCAUCUUGCCCCAGACUCGCAUUGUCGCCUCCCUCACUUGGGAGGUUGAGGCCCAAGUACUCCGGGCCCUAGAACAGCAACCUGACCCUGGAGGCGGUCCUCCAAACCGCCUGUUUGUCCCAGAAGCCGUCCGCCCGCAGGUCCUCCUGUGGGGGCAUACCUCUAAGUUCGCCUGUCAUCCCGGAUCUGCCCGCACCUUAGAGGUCCUCCGGCAACGGUUCUGGUGGCCCACCAUGGAGGCAGACACCCGUGAGUUCACCCUGGCCUGCUCCGUCUGUGCCCGCAACAAAACAUCCAAUCAACCCAGCUCCGGAUUCCUGCGGCCGCUUCCCAUUCCCAGGAGACCCUGGUCCCACAUUGCAGUGGAUUUUGUCACAGGCCUCCCUCCUUCCCAGGGCAACACUGCCAUAUUAACCAUUGUCGACCGGUUCUCCAAAUCUGCCCAUUUCCUUCCCCUGCCCAAGUUACCCACAGCCAUUAAGACUGCAGAUCUUCUGGUCUCUCAGGUUUUCAGGAUUCACGGCAUCCCUUCCGACAUAGUCUCCGACCGUGGUCCCCAGUUCACGUCAGAGGUGUGGAGGGCGUUUUGUAAGGCUCUGGGGGCCACGGUCAGUCUCUCUUCUGGUUUCACCCACAGUCGAACGGCCAGACGGAACGGGCCAAUCAGUCUCUAGAGACUUUCCUACGCUGUGUGGCCUCAGAACACCCUACGACCUGGAGCAAUCAACUCCCCUGGGUGGAGUAUGCUUACAACUCCCUGUCUAACUCUUCCUCUGGACUGUCCCCCUUCCAGUGCGUCCUGGGAUACCAGCCCCCCCUGUUUCCAGCUUCUGAAGAGGAGAUUGUCAUACCCUCGGUGCAAAGCUUCGUCAGGAGGUGCAAACGAACUUGGAGGAAGGUUCGGGUCGCCCUCCGCCGGGCCUCCUUGAGAAUGGAGCAACAGGCCAACCGUCGCCGUUCCCCUGCUCCUGCCUACGCCCCGGGCCAGAAGGUUUGGCUCAGGGCCAAGGAUCUCCCACUCCGGGUGGAGUCAAAGAAGUUGGCCCCACGCUUUGUCGGUCCGUUCGAGGUGGAGAGGGUCAUUAACCCCGCUGCCGUCCGGCUUAAGCUGCCCCAGUCCAUGAAGAUUCAUCCCACGUUCCAUGUUUCGCAGCUGAAGCCGGUACGGGAGAGUCCUUUGGCCCCACCCGUCCAUCCCCCUCCUCCGCCCAGGAUAGUGGACGAUGGGCCAGUCUACACUGUCAGUCGCUUGCUGGAUGUCCGUCGGCGGGGUAGAGGGGUCCAGUUCUUGGUCGACUGGGAGGGAUAUGGGCCAGAGGAGCGCAGCUGGGUUCCCCGUCGCCAGAUCCUGGACCACACGUUGGUCAGCGACCUCUACCGCCGCCACCCAGAGAAGCGCCUUCGUGCACCUGGAGGUGCACGUAGGGGGGGGGGUACUGUCACGCCCUCUACUUCUAGGGCCAGAUAGGGGCAGCCUCUCUUUUCUCUUCUCCCCCCUCCCUCUUCUCCUCCUCUCCCUCUCUCUAAGCAGGUGUUGGUGUGAUGCAGCUUCAGGGCGGACAGGUGCAGCCAAUUUCUAAUCAGCGGAUCGAUCCGUGUGGCGGGGAGAGGAGCGCUCUCAUUCAUUCACCCGCUGCCAUAAAAACCGGACACUUCCCACAACCCGACGCUGGACCGUAACCUGAAAAUCCCUUGCCCACUCCGCCUGCUCUUCCCGCCUGCGUACCCAGCUCUCCUGCUUUCAUCCCAGCUCCGUCCAGGACGCCGCCUCACGCCAUCACCACCUGCCUCUCCCCCUCCAGUCGGAGAUCACGGACUGCCUGCUCACUCGAUCUCUCGCUAGCUCUGGUAGUACCCGACCCUGUCUCGCGUUUUGCAGACAGCGUUUUUUGUUAAUUGUUCUGACCCUGUCUCGCGUUUUGCAGACAGCGUUUUUUGUUAAUUGUUCUGACCCUGUCUCGCGUUUUUGCAGACAGCGCCUUUUGUUAAUUAUUACUGUUCCAGUCUCGCGUUUUGCAGACAGCGCUUUUGUUAAUUAUUACUGUUCCAGUCUCGCGUUUUUACAGACAGCGUUUUUUGUUAAUUAUUACUGAUCCUGUCUCGCGUUUUUCAGACAGCGCUUUUUGUUAAUUGUUACUGCCCACCUUAGUUCCGUUUUCCUAUUUCUGUUUGCAUUUUUGGGAUCAAAUAAAUAUCUGUUUAACUGAACUGCUCUGUCUUGAGUCUCUUUGUCCGCAUUUGAGCCUCGGUGCCUGAACCGUGACACUGGGCACUGAAUCGAUUUUAUCUUCUAAUUAGAACCGAUGUUACAGGACAGUGUUGGAUAAUGAAAUGAGCUUUUACUGAGACAUGGGUGGUUUCACAGCAUUUGACUUUCAACAAAUCUUUAUAGUUUCUUUUAAACUCUUUGGUAUCUUGAAGCAGUAGCUAGUCUUAUUUGCAGCGUUAAAGUUUCCUAAGCAGACAAUUGGGCAAAAUAUUGGACACUGCAAGCAGCAAACGACACAUACAUCUACUCCUUACUGCACAGAUUGAUGGAGUCAAAUACUCUGACUUUGACCGAGUAUCAGAUGACCCAGAUUAUGAAACCAUUCCUCCACACUCUGUAUUCUCAAUGCUUCCUCAUACAAAGAGUGCCUCUCUGGAACAAAAUGCUGAGACAUUGUAAACAUCACUAUGGGGGAAAAAAGGCCAAAUUUAAGAUUCAUUUACAUGUUCAUAUCGGCAACAGUCUGAGAAGGUUAGUUUGAAGAAAAAAACUCUUUUUUUUUCUUGAGUGAGAAUUCUGAGUCUCAAAAUACUGAAAAUAAGUGCCUUUUCCUUUCUGUUUACAGAAGUCCUCAAAAAUGUUAAUUAUGCAGAUCUCACUAAGAUAUUUAUUCUGCUGAGGUCAGACUACAUAAAGGAAGCACAAGUUUGUGUUUAAUUUUUCUCCCUGCCCUCUACCUUUUUUCCCUUCAACCAGUAAGAGCACUGAGGGCCAUGCAUAUUCUUAAGUUUGAGCGCAAAUGAAAUGGUGAAGGAGUGGACAUGAAGAUGGAACUAUGAGACGAAAGAAAAGUUUGUGGGGUUCUGGUAACAACAUCCCUACCUUCGAGAAAUGACCAUGACAGACUGAAAAAACGGGAGCGUUACUAAGAAAUAGGUGCACUACCAUAACCCUUUGAAUAAUGUUAAUCAUAUUUGCUGGUGUCAUCCAGUUCAGUCUGUUCUUUUUCCAACACUUUCUGAUCAGCUAUGAUAACUGCUCCUGUACUAUUGUAUUAUCUGCUCUAUCUGUUGGUUUAAGUUACAGCAUAAUUUUAUUGUUUAUCGUGAUCACUAUGUCUAACUCAGUGACCAUCAUGACACACAGACUGAUUGUGUAGUCUGACCUCAGCAUUUAAAGGGAUAUUCCGGUGUAAAUUACAGUUAUGGUCAAACACACCGUAAUACCGAGUUAGACACCCCGCUGCCAGAUGAAUGUUGCCGACCGCUUGCUUCUCUAGUUAUACCAACUUUAGUAAUGACUGCACAAUAGCAAUACACAGCGGUCUACGUCUCCAAGCCUAAAACCUCAACCAAAAAACCCACUCUGUAGCCACAAAUAAUGCUCAGAACAGCACCUAACUUCAUCAACAGUACAUAUAGGGUCCCAGCCAUAGAACUAGCCACCAAACAUCUUUUUAGUUUUGCCUGUUUUUUUUAGAAAAGAGACGAAACACAUCUCACCCACUCUUCAAAGGCAGCCGCUUGUUUGUGGGGGAGCCCUGACAAGUAGAUCACCAAGUGCAGUGGAGUUCCGCAGCUCAAGGAAGAAAAUUUAUGAUUAUUACUUCAUGGAAAUGCAUGGCAGAAGAAGUACUGCAUCUGUUGUGCAAAGUUUGUUGCUGAAGUUGGUAUUACUAAAAAAACAAGCUGUUGGCAACAUUCAUCUCUCAAGGGUGUGUCUAACUCAGUGUUACGGUGUGUUUGACCCUACAUUAAUUUUACGUCGGAAUAUUGUUUCAAGUUCAUAGAAGAAUUCAGGAAUUACUUUAAUACCAAAAAAUGACAAAACUAUCUGAGAAAAUUUCUGACAGUUUCUUUGAUUUCCACUCUAGUACCUCCAAAUCUUGAGUUUCACAGCUUGCUGUGGGUGGAUGCUUUUGCAUCACAUUCAAAUAAUUCACUCCAACAAGCAACCCUCACUUUGUUUUAGAGGUAGAGUGAGCACAUGUAGUAAUCAAAGAAAGAAAUGCUACAAAUAUCAUCAGACUUAAAAAGAGGAAGGGCACUGAUUCAUAAAAAAUACUAUCUGGCAUAAAUAGAAAGUAGAUGGUAGGCUGAGGGCCAUGUGACAGUGACCACAACUGUGAACUACAAAUUUCUGUGACUCGGACAUCAGUCUGACUCUGGCUUAAUUUAGAUCCCAGCCUCUGUCUGGGGAUAUCUGAUGUCUGGGAUUAUUUUAGCAGUAAUGUUAAGCUGAAGGCUGUGUUACUGUGAGUCAGUAACAGUGCCACUGUGUCAAAGAUAAUCUGCUCUGAAGGCUCUUUAGGCCUCUGGUUUGUUGUGUUUGUUGACAAAGAGUCCCUGCAUGUAUUUGAUCACUUACAAAUUUCACUGUUUUGAUCCAUCCUUAUUUCCUUGUUCCCUUUUCCUUUCUAUUCAGCGUGAUGAUGAUGUUGAUGGAGAGGAGGAAGAGGAGGAGAAGAAGAGAAAGAAGAAGAAGAAAGAAAAUCAGCAGGCAGCUGGUGGAGCUGAAGCUGCUCCCACUGUUAUUGAAGGCCAGGUCUAUGUCAACGUCUCUCCUCCUUUGGCUACCCGGGCUGUCAUCGGAGGGGGGACUUCAUCAGGAGGCCGUCCCCGCUCUCGCAGCUACGAUCGCAACCUGGACAAGUCUCCGUCUCCUCGCCUCGGGUCUCUGGAGCGGAUGUUAAGCUGCCCCGUCCGUCUGUGCGAGAAUGCCGCUCCAACCCCGCCCCCUCCUCCACGAGUCACCUCCUUCGCUGAGAUCGCAAGGAGCAAACGGAGAAACGGAUGUACAGGGGUGUCGCCAUCGAUGAAGGCAGCUGCAGACCCCUUCUCCUCCACCUACUCAGCCCACUCCCACUCCUCUGUGGAUUUCUCUCCAAUCCUGGAGCAGCAUGUGGAGAGUGACGGUCACAGCCUGUCACCUGUACCCUUCACAAGAUGUUACAGCCAGGGCAGCAUCGAGAGACACCUGGAGGGGGCAAGAGAAGCCAGGGCCAAGGCUGAAGGUACGAGCAUCUUAAGUGCACAUUAAAAAAUGCUUCUAUGAAUUUGUGUAAGGUGGCCAAGAGGUAUUUUUUUAAACCUGUCCGGACAGAUUUGACUGAACUUAGUAGGUUUACAAGAUGCUACAUGUGUUGGAGAACACAAAUAUGUCAUGUAGUCAAUAUACAAACACCCUCAAAGUAUCUUUCAUUACAUUUAUAUCAUUUAACAGCUGCAAUGUCUAAGGUUUGAGUGAGCAAUUGCUUAUUCACACCUCUAGCAGACAUACAGCAACAUGAGCCUGAUUUUCUAGUGAUGUUUGUGUCCCUUUGAUGAAUCACAGACUGUUUGUUCGAAAAGGCUGAAGCCCAUACUAGGUCAGUUUGUGGACAGUUAUGCGGCCUUGGGUUCAGUGAUUUAAUCAGCCUUUUGGAGACAGUCGUACCAUACUUUAAGGACAUAAGGAUACACAUUGUUAUACUUCAUUCCUAAUUGACAUGUUCUCUUGAAAAAAGUCAGUCACAAGUAGUAAUACUCACAGUGUCCCAAAGUGUAUCAUGUUUUAUCAUCUAUUUGCUUCACACUGCAGAUAUGUAAACCUAACUGAGUGUUUUUGACUUAUGACUAGUCAAAAUAUCUUAUUACACUGAAAUUAAGCAACUUUAACCUGAAAAGUGUGAAUAUCAAUCUAAUCCAAAGAUAUUUAAAGCCAAAACAAGGAUUUAUUUAGUUAAAAAUUCAUGCAGCAACCACGUGUUGAAAAAUUAACCCAGUGCAUAGGUGCUACAAACUGCAGUUCCUCAAGUGUCCACUAGGGCCUGGCUUCAAAAGGCCAGAAGAUCCCAUUUACACUCAUGUUGCAUUACCCAUCUUUAGAUGUAACAAACAUGUUACAUUCCUUGAACACACUGUGCACUGCAUCCAUCGGGGUGGACAUAAGGAAGAAUGCAGGUUUAAGGUGCCCUGAUUCGACAUAUUUGAUUUAAAACAUUUAUUGAACAUCCAGGAAAAGGUCUUCACAAACCUUAUGGGUAAAAAUGUGGCUGAAAAAAAUGGAAACAUCAAGUCAGUGUUCACACAAGCUUUAUAAAGUUGAAUAUUGUGCAUAUAAUUACAGUACACUAAUACAUUUUAGAGGCUGACAUUGUUAAUCUUACUUCCUGCAGAAAACAAAAACACUGAUGCAAACAAAUUCUCUGUCUUCAUGUGAAAUUAUCACGUUUUAUAUCAUUUUUUUUACCCCCUCUGUUCAGACCUCUUUGGUAUGUGUGAGAAAAUACUGAGGUGCCAGCAUGUAAAGAGUGAUGCUGAGUGUGUAUCCUACGCUUUAGAGGAAAGGGAGGGCUGAUAUGGGACGAACAUGCUCUGAAUAACAAUCAGGUCAGAGAGCUGAUAAAGGUGCAACAAGCACACACCAAGCUCUGCAUCAGCAUACUGAGCUGUGCGUGUGCAUAUCUGUGUUUGUGUGUGUGUGUCAGUGUGAAGCUGUUUGGCCUAACUGGCUCCUAACACAAGUGAAGGUCAGAGAAAGUUCCGAAAGCACGAACAUGAUGACAGACCUUGCUCAGACCUCAGCUAAAUAUUUACAGGUUGUCAUGUCAUUGAAACAUGCAGUGACUUCAGCUGUGCUUAUGGUGCAAUAAUCAUAGUUACAGGAAAUUGCAACAAACACGCUGGUCAAAGCAAUUGGCAAGUGAUAAGUUGGCGAACCUUCAAAGCUAAAUGGAAACAAGUCAGGGAUUGUUGCGUCCGAACACGGAGGAGAAUGUUGGAAAAAACUGAGUGCUGUUGGCACCAAUGAUGUGUCCUGACCACCAGUCAGCUGUUCCCUUGGCUGGCUGAAUAUUUUGUCACUCACUGGUCCAACUAGACCCAGAAGUAACAUAACAGUUGCACCUGUGAGCUCUGUCAUGACUCUUCUUUACAUCCUCCAAAUCUGGUAGCUGCAUAUGGUGUCAACCAUAGACUGUAUAUAGAAUGGACAGAUUCUGCCUCCUUGCUGGGUGAAGCCACUCCGAGAACAGCACCCUCUGUUGAUGGGCUGCAGUAUAGGUCAUAAAUCCCGCCUUUGCCAGCAAAGCUAAUGGGGUUGUGGACCAACUUUAGAAAUUUACUACACAGAACAUACAUUUUUCUCCCCUCUGCUUGCGAUGUUGACAUGUAGUUAUUGUAAGACCUGUUUGUGCUCAAGUCCUCUUUUUUUCUGUGAAGCUCCCUUUUUAAAAGUUAUUAGGGGGUUCAUGGUUUCUUUGAUUGACACCUGAUACAGCCUAUUGGCGUUCAGGGAUUGCGUAGCUCACCCGGGGGAUUUGCCGUCAUCACAGCGAGUCUCGGUGACUCCCCCUGCGAAAGCGCACAACGCUACUGCGCAGUACUGGUCUCAGGAAAUGGAGAAAAAUCACAGAAAUACAGAGAGCUUUUGGGCUUCAACUCUGUGUACAGGCAGGAGGCGGAACCAAGUUGUCCAUAGUAUACACAGUCUAUGGUCUUAACUCUCUGGUGUGCCCUCUAGAGGAAUGAGUGGAGAAGACUCCUGCACUAUUGUCAGCACCUUAUACUCCAAAAGAUGAGAAUCCCUUUGAAAACUUCCAAAGAAAAUGAACCUAAUUCAGUAAAUUUCAGUCGGUUUCCUUUCUCUGACCCUUCACCAAGCUCUCAAAUACUGUUUCAGGCUAGAAAGAGCUGAUCUGCCCUCAACAUAUGUAUUAUUGAUUUAAAGAGUCUCUCCCAAUCGAGCUCCAAAUAAUUUAUCUGACAACUUUUUCACAAGGACAAACUGUGCUGUAAAUAUGAGUUUAUGUAAUCCCAGAACAGACAGCAACAUCAAAGAAAAGCUCCAUCUCAGCUGCCUGCUGUGUCUGUGUGUGUGUUUGUGUCUGUGAGACAAACACACACAUACAUGCACACACACACACACGUAUAAACAGUGAGUGUUUAGGAUUCCUCUAGAGUGAGACCAGGACAGUAAUAAGUGAGUGCAGCAUGAGAGGAAUGUCCCAUAAAGCUCCAGCUGUCCAUUUUACACUUUCAUACAGGCUGGAGCUCCAACUUAAGUAAAAAUGAAAAAAACAAAACAAAACAGUUUAAUGUUAUUAUGAAAGAGGUUAAUUAACAGACUCCCUCCCUCCCCCUCUUUUACAAAGUAUGAAGCUUGUAGUGAGGAUAUCAAACUCACCUAUGUCUUUCUCUACCAUGUGUUUGUAGUAGAACAGGGUCCAUGUUGUUUUGUUGGUUUCAAAAGAAUAAGAGUUUAUAUCAUGGUCAACUUGAACUUAAGAACUAACUUAAAGAACAAGUGAGUUGCUGUAAAAACAACAAAAGCCUUUUUCAGCAACCACAUAAGAUCUCAUUAAAGAUAAGCCCUCAUGCCCUAAGGUUCCUAUCAGCAGCAGCAACAAGUGUGGAAAAACUAUUUUCUGCUUCAUUAGCUCUGGUUUUGUUUAACAAGUUUUUAUUUAGUGUUUCUCCACUUCCAAGUUAACAUUAUGAAUAUCAGCUUUGUAUCUCAGUCAUGAAAUGAGAGAUGAUAAUACAGCCUGGACUGUCUUCUUAGCUCUCUUCUUUGCAGUCGUUUAAAAAGAUAACAGUAAAUCUACAAUUAAGACUUUUUGGGGUCAAAUUUUGCAGCCAAAAUGGGCUCAUUUUAAUUUUUUAAUCAGUGGAGAUCUGCACAAAAUUCAGACAAAAUGAUUACAAGUCAGUUAGAUUUUCUCUUCACACUCCUGUUUUUAAUUUUAAAUAAAUAGGCAGUUUCUCCGUUAAGUUAAAAGAAAACACAAUUUCAUGUAUGAUUAGAUUCUAAAGAAUUCAAGCUGUGAAUGUAAACACAAUAUUUUAAAACAUCCUCAACUGAAAACAGGAAUAAUUGUGUGCAAUAAAGCAGAAAAUCUUUGAUGUUUUCAUAUUAAAGGAAUUAAAUUGCUUCAGCACAAAUGAGUAACACUGAUGUAAACUCAAUGUUGGCGCUUACUCACCCAAAACACUCACCCACAAACGUGUUGCUACAAAAUGAGGCUCUCAGUUAAAUAGUUCUCCCUUAUUAUGAUGAAUCACUGAACUUCUGUAGUUAAUCAGUGUUACUCACAUUUCUAAUCACAUUAAAACUCCAUUAUUAUCAUUAUUUCCCUCUUCUUUGAUAUCAGAAUCAAAUUAAUGAAAUUAAACACACUAAUUGAAAUUAUUGAUUUUAUUUUCACCCACAGUCAUUCACCCCUCCUAAAAUAGUGUCCUCCCGGCUUUUAUGAUGGGGUUACCUGCUAACAUUAGCCUGAUUAGCAGCACCUGUAUACUUAGUUCACAGGUGACAUCUCAAACUUAAAGCACUUAGGUCAUGUUUGAUUGCGUUUGACACAAAUUAGUUUUGACUUUAACUGACCCAUCUGGGAGUUCUUGAACACAAAUGUGCCAUUUGUAAGUGCUGCUAUUUUCCUUAACUGGGGCAGCAAGAAGCAGGAAGACACAGCAGCUGUUUAACUACAGUGAGCCAAAAGGGACAAAGAAAGCAUUUGAUAAAAAAGUGAGCUUCUCGACUUUGAUUACAUCCUGAUUAACGCGAUUAUUAGUGUAUUGAUGAAUGGUGAAACCGCUUUAAUAGAAACAUUUUUCAGAUAAAGAAAAGAGAGAAAUUAUUAGUGGAUUGGAGCUCUUGUUAUCAUAGCAAAGAAAAGAAGAAUGUAAUAUGUGGUGUUGAUGUUUUAGCUGGAUUUGGCAUCAAAGCUCAGGAAAUACUAUCUAUGUGUAUGAGGAGAAAACUGAUGAAAAUAUUUGAAGAGAGAGAGUGAUGUUGAGAAUAAGGAGUGUCUUCAAAAAUGUCCUCCGUAUUUUGUGUUCAUGCUCCUGUGAUGGUUUAAGCUCAUAAUGAGAGGAUGUGCAGCUGCACAGCACAUAUAUAUUAUUCAUCAGACUUCACUUCAGUCAGCUGCCUUGUUCCACCGCAGCGUGCAGGCCUCUUUAACAGCCUUUGGGAAGAUGCUCGCUCGCUAAUGAUGCUAACAUGAAGCAUGGAGCUGCAGAGGAAAAGCUAAUGGAUUCAUUUGUGAAAGAGGAGAGGAGCUGAGGAGGAUGAGGAGGAGAAGGAGAAAAUGGAGAAGAAGAAAAAAAAUGACAAUUAGAGGAAUGACAGAGCAGAUAGAAGAGAGGGAGGGACGGAGAGGGUGAGAGAGGGAGGGUUUGUGUUCUCCAUCUCCAGUGUCAGUGUGAGCUCAGGCCUGCUGGGUGUGUACCCUCCCUCCUUCCUCCCUCCUCCCUCCUUUAGCAUGUUUCUCCAGCAGCUCAAUGUCGCCCUCUGUGGCCAAGAGGCGUCACUGCACCCAGCUCAGGUGGCAGCGGUGGGCCGGCCUUAGGGUGACAAACAGCUUGCGCAACACACUCGACGUCACGCACGCUUCUGUCUGUCACACACUGCACUGGAUCUAGAAACACACGCACACACACAGAGGCAGACACACACACACAUACUCUCAGUGAUAGAAGGAGAAAACACAAAGAUAUGAGUGAGUCAGUGGUAGAUGAAGAAAAGGCUUCUCCUCCUCGCUGGUGUCUCUCCUGACGCAGUACCUUCAGGUUUAGUCUCUAUCCAAGUGUUUGUGUGUCUGUGUCUGAGAGUGUGUGUAGGUAUGUUUGUGUGUGUAUGUGCAAGUGGGCCUGUCAGAGCAAUGUCUAACAGUGUUAUGGUUGUCUGUGAUAAGCUCUUUGGGACUCAUGACGGGGCAGUUUUCUCAUGGUCUGUAUUUGUGGUUUCACUUCUGACCUCCGUGUCUAUGCAGUUUAAAAUGAAGAUUAUUGAGUCACUUCGUACAAAAAACUAGUCCAAUCUUUUCGAUCAUGAUUAUUUGUUGUUAUGUAAUUUCUCCAUUUUUCCAAUUUAGUGAAAUUCCAUUAAAUACUAAUUUUCUACGAUUCUCCUUGUUUUUAAUGCAUGACAGUAAGAGGCCAUUCUGACGGUACGCUGUGUUUUAUCUCUUCUAAAAGUUAUAACUGAAACCUCGACCUGAAACACUUUAAUGUUGCUUUGCCAAACAAAAACAUCACUCAUAUUUUUCUUUCAUUCCCUCUCCAUCUUUCUCCUCAUUCAGGUGGUCUCUCCAGUUCCUCAGACAGCCGCCCGUCAGUGGUCCGCUACAGUAAAGACCAGCGCCCCACCACCCUCCCCAUCCAGCCCUUCACCUUCCACCACCAGUUUGCCUCCAAGCCUCCUCAGCCCAAGCCCCUCCUGCCCCUCCUGACUGGCUACGUAUCUGGGAUGCAGCCCCACUCCAGCUCCGGCUCUGGUUCUGACUCUGGAGGUCCAGACUGCGAGGAUGCAGCUGAAAACAUUCACAGGUAUCAGGGGACUCUCUCUGCAGCGCCUCCUCCUGGCUCGGUUCGACCUUCGCCUUUAGGGAGCUACUCUCCGGUUCGAAUCCAGGGUGCAACCAGCUCUGGUACCUGCUCCACCUGCACCCCGAGCCCCCAGCCACCACACAGCCUCUCCUGCCCUCUUUCAGCGGGACUCGGUACACUGCAAACUUCACCUACAGGAAAGCAAGGAGGAAGCUCAGCACCGUUAGCAUCCACUCCUCCACCUCCAUCUCUGGGGAUGAAGAGAGGGGUGGUGCCUCCAAUGCUGCCAGCUGUGCAGGGACACUGUUUCCAUCGGGGUAUAUCCGCUCUACAUGGGGACACUCUGAGUCCCCUGGGCUGUCUGGACUCUGGAAAUCACAUGGACGGAGGCAAAGGACCCGGAUCAAGGACACAUAAUGGUAGGUCCAAAGCUCCUCUGAGGAGUCUGAAAAGAAAAAGAGUUGGUAGAAGGACUUCAUCAGGCUUCUGAACUCUGCUGAGGUUUGCCUUAUUGUUACUUUGGAUGCUCAUAUUAGCAGGUAUUAACAACUCAAAAAAUCACUCUGCCUGUAAUGACAUCAUCUUAAAUAAAAUCAUGAAAAUCGGUGAAACCAGUGAAAGAUUUUGAGGGUUAAUAUUUUGUUAUCCUUUUAUGGCCCCUGCCCUCCUUACAGCUAAUUGUCCACAUGCCUGGGCAGGUUAUACAUUACUCCAUAGAGUAGUUAUACACAAAUGUAACCAGACACAGCCUACAUACAACUCCAUCUCCAUUUUCAAGAUCAAAACACUGUCAAACCUCACCAUGCUAUGGGAUGCUGUUUGUCAUCUGUGCUUGUUUACAUCCAGGUUGUAGAGUACCAGUAGUGAGCAGGUGGCUGCACUACGGCUUAGUUAAGCUUCUUUUAUGUUUUCUCAAAUAUCAACACAUAUGCACUCAAUGUGAUAUAUCUAGACAGACCAACAUCAGCUGAUAUUAUCGGCAAACCCAUACAGCUCUCUGUGCUUUACCAACUUCUCUUUCUUUUACUGUGGUUUCCUUUCCUCCUCUGUUCAUCUCUGUCACUUUAUUCUUCCUUUCUUGCACCAUCAGUCUCUCAAUGAAAAAUCAGUCAACAGGUUUAUGUCUGAGUAUAAAUAGAUAUGGAUGAUGCACCUCCAUCUUUAUCAACUGUAAAACUGAAGCCAAAAUGCUGCUGUGAAGGGAGCUUGGAUAUUAUUUGUGUGUCUGUGACUGAUGUAUUAUUCUUUCAAAGUAUAAUAUUUAAAAGCAGAGCAGAUUGUUUUUCACUCUGAACUGAUUUAUCCUUCACAAAAAUUCACUCACCGUGUAAAUCAGCCGAAAUGUUCAAAAAGAUAAUCUUAACUGUGGGAGCAUUUGCUGCAGAGGGACAGCUGGUGGUUUGAAGUGAUUAAGUUUUGUCUGGUUCAGUGUUUCUGUACUUUUGAAGGAAUCUAAGCUCUUUUCUCUUUCUUCUCUCCCUUCAUGCAUGAACUUAAACCCUCCCCAUAUCUUCUCCAUCUGCCUUUCCUUCACUAUUUUUCUAUUUUUCCAUCUCUUAACCCGUCCAUCAUAACCCGAACACCUCCCCUCCCCAACAGCACACCACCUCUCUCCUCAGGCGCUCAAAUGGAGGGAGUACCGCCGCAGAAACCCUCUGGGCGUGGAGAGGGUCUCAGGGGGCCACUCCUCUACAGGGUCAGGCCCCCUCUGUGGAAGCCUGGAACCUCGAAGGGGCGGGGGACCAAGACCUGCCCGACGGAACGUGUUUGAUUUCCCCUCAGCCCUCUCUGGCAACACGCUGGCACGGCUCAAUGGUGCUCAUAGUUUUACUGAAAGUGUUGAAAGAGAGUGAAGAAUCUGCUGCUUGAGUGUUAUUUGAGGAGUUCAAGGUUCAAAGAAUGUAUGAUCACCUGUGUGUCUUUCUGUGUGUGUGUGGGUGUUUCUGUUUCAGGAGUGGGCCAGUCAGCUAAGCUGCAGCAGAGCUACAGUGACUUCCUCCCAGACUAUUUCUCCCUGACAGAGAAACCUCCAGAGGAGUUCUGCCUCUCUCCCGACGCUUCCACCUCGACCCCCUCCUGCUCUUCAUCACAGUCACACAUCUCUGUGGACCUGACGCAGAAGAGAGGUGAGACUUAGUGUUCAUUUGUGUGUGAAUGUGCAUCAUUGACAGGGACAGUGGGUUGUCUCUAAAUAUCUAAAAGGUCUCAUGCCACAUGCUGAGCAGUUAUCCUUGGACGUGUCCAUCUUUGUCAGUAUUGAUGCAGUAUUUGUGGAGAGUCUGUUUUAUUCCCUUUUUGGUUGAAUGCUAUUUCUUGGACUCACUUGAAGAAUACAAAGCAAAAUACUUUCAUGUGCGUGAAAUAUAAUUAAGAUUUUAGCAUCUUUGUCCAAAUCCUCCAGCUUUCUGGUUCUGCCUUUACCUUUGCUUACAGUCCUUAGACCUUAUCCCCCCUGAGGGAAGUUUGGUUUGCAUAAAAGAUACACUGCAAAAACAGCCCCACUAGAAAGAAGCAAAAUAUUCUUAUAUUCAAUCUAAUAAUCUUGUAUCAAGCAAAAAAUCUGCCAAUGGGGUAAGCUCUUUUUGCUUAAAAUUAGAAUUUUAGUCUCUUGAAUAAAUGAACUUACACCUUAAUGUAGGAUUAUUAAUGAGCAUGACCGUCCUUGAAAUAAGACAUAAUUUCUUAAAACAACAUAGCAAAUAUAAGUGACGUUGUCUUAAAUCAAGAUACCAAAAACUUCUCAUCAAAUAUAUAUUUUUUAUUCCACAAGCAAACAAGUUCUUUGUUGUUCUUUGUUGUUUUGCAGUUUUCAUCUGGUCAUUGUAUUAUGUUGUCUGUUGUACAGACUAGCUUACUAACAUCUUUAUAUGUCAGAUAAUGUAGGAAGAAACAGAUUCUGUCAAGUUCAGGUGACCUGCAAUGGAAAUGUUAAUUAAAAAAAAUCAACUGUUCUUGUUUCAUGGCAUUCUUAAAUCGAGAAGUUGUACAUUUGUCUUACUCUUAAAAUGAGAUGAAUUAUCUUGUUGUUCCGCUGGAUUUUAUUUUAAAACAUUUUUCUACUCUAUUUAUGGUUCAUUCUAUCUCAAAAUAAACUGGAAUAUCUUAUCAAGAAAAAGUUAGCCAUUUUCUCUUAAAAUUGGAUAAUUUUUCUAAUGCCAAACAUGCUUGAUAAGAUUAAUAUUCUUUUUGUACAAAAAAUAAGACUUAUUUCGUUAAUACAAGGCUGUUUUCCUUUCUUGAAAUUCCUUUUUUGCAGUGUAUAAAUAUUAGAAGACAUUAUCAUCAUAAAGCAGUCCACCCAUAGAUUGCAUUAAGAAAUACAACAUACCAUAACUGGUUGAUCUGCUAACAAUGUUGCCUUUUCACUAUUUUCAAUCAAAGGUAGGCCUUCAAUGAAAUGCAAAACAUCAAAUUAUGCGUUUGUUAACAUUUUACACAGCAUCCUCACUUUUUUUAGAGCUUAAGUAAUAAGUCCUUUUAAAAGCUCCAGUUACUGUAGGAAUACUGCCACACAGAGCAAUGCUCUCAGAAUCAAAUAUGCUCAUCAGUGAACUGUUGAGAAAAUGACAUUUCAGGAGCCUGCAGUGUUGUUGUCAUGGAGAACAGGUGGUGAAAAGAUGUUGUUGAGAGGCGGUUCAGUCAAGUGGCUCUCACUGUAGAAAAGCUACUUGACAGAGAGAUGAGGGUAAUUCAAGACCUCUUGUUGAGGCAGCAGGGUGUUGUUUAAUGAGCAGCCUGGGUUUAUCUUCCUGUGUGGACAACAGCCGCACUGUUGGAGAGCACUACACAGUUACUGAACCCUUUUUCACUUUCGGUUCAGAUUCACCGUGACCCCUGAGAUUUGCCAAGGAGUGUAGUUGGCAGUCAUUAACAUUUUUAAAUUCCAUCAUACUUGUAGGUCUGAAUCGCUAUAUGCUCUGUCUAGCAUAACCACUGUAAUGCCUUUUGUGUAGCUUUCAGAAAGGAGAGAGGUGUCAGCUGUUCAUUGUUGUCUUAGCAAAUGAAAUAAUGAGUUCAUGCAGAAUUGGAAACCCAGAGACGGUCAUGGAAAAAAGCAAAAAUUGUGCUUGUUUGCAGAGGAGUACAAAAGAGACAGACCAGGUUGCAAUUUUAGAGCAGAGUUAUAAUGGAGGAAACAUGAAUUGAAAUUUAUUGCAAGUACACCAAACAGCUGAUAAACUGUGUCUUUGUUCUCCCAUUUGUUGCACUAGGUUUGGUGAAGGCCGUGAACACAGCUGUGGAUCUGAUUGUGGCACACUUUGGCACCAGUCGGGACCCAGAUGUAAAGGUGAAGACGUUUUUCAAUGAUGAGAUUGAUCACUCCCUUUAUUGGACUUACUUUUAAAACAACACGCUGCUAUUACUAAAAGGGAAAACUGACUCUGCCUUAAAAAACAAAACUGUAAUUUAGCACCUUGGCAGAGCUUCCCUUCAUUCGCGUCAUUUCACAUACACAUAGCUCUGAAAAAUGUGGAGUUGCACCAGCUUCAGUCAGGACAGUGAAUAUCUGUCGUAUCAAGUGUUUGUUUACACAGAGAGCUGAUAAGACUUCAUUAAGUGAUACAGAUGAGAUUAUUUCACAGAUCUGAAGUUAAGGCAAGUAAACCAGUAAUCAUUAACAGAUCGAGAGCUCAGACAAACAGAUUUUACUCCUCCUUUCAGUUUCAUUAUUAUGAAUUUAUGUGACCAAAAUAGAAAAAUGGAGGGUUAUGUAAACAAACAUCAGCGGCUUUAGUAAACAUGAACCCAGAGUUGACCCUAACCCUGCUUGUUUCUCUUUCAUUCCCUUUACUCCAUGAUGUUUCCUCUCCAGGCUAAACUGGGGAACAGCUGGGUGAGUCCAAAUGUGGGUCACCUCAUCCUAAAGUACCUGUGUCCAGCUCUGCAUGAGGUCCUGCAGGACGGUCUGAAGGCCUACGUGCUGGACCUGAUCAUCGGACAGCGGCGCUGUCAGCCCUGGAGCCUGGUGGAGGCCUCCACACAGCUUGGUGAGGGCAGUUAAAUCACGGUCUAUGAAGGAUCUUCAGGGUGUUACUUUCACCAGCAUCACUGAUGGUGUCCUGGGGUCCUACCAACCUCUACUGAAACCAAUCAGAGCCAUCAUAAUAGGGGUUUACUGAACCACAACUGCUGCUUUUAAAAUCAUUCAAAUCUGGAGGUCAGAAAUAGGUUUCCUGGAGGGAGUAAAAAAACAAUCAUCACUUAAAGGGAUAUUCUGGCGUAAAAUAAAUUCAGGGUCAAACACCCCGCAACACUGAGUUGGACACCCAAUCAAGAAAUGAAUGUUGCCAACUGCUUGCUUCUCUAGUUAUACCAACUUUAAUAACAACCGCAGGAUAGCAAUACACAGUGGUCUGAGGAGCCAUACACAAACCUCAACCAAAACGCCACUCUAUAGCCACAAAUAAUGCUCAGAACAGCAGCUAACUUCAUCAGUGGUACAUAUUGGGCCUUAGCCACAGCACUAGCCACCAAACAUCUUUUUAACUUUGCUUGAUUUCUUUAGCAAAGAGACUAAACAAAACUCACCUACUCUCUUCCAGCAGCCGCUUGGUUGCAGCGAGACCUCAGCCCAGUCCAUUACGGACUGCAGCGGGGUGACGCAGCUCAAGGAAGAACAUUUAUGAUCUUUACGUCAUCAUUUCCUUGAAGUAAUAAUCAUCAUGUUAAUCAUUUUGCACUGCAGACGCGGUAGUUCUUCUGCCCUAGCGUCCUUGAGCUGCAUCACCCGCAGCUAACUUAAUUUUACGCCGGAAUAUCCCUUUUAAUGAGACUGAUAUCUGAUAUUUGGAUGCCAGUUUGUAUUUAUAGUACAACCUUUUUUUCCACUUAAAUGCAGAAACUGGAAUAUUAUAAACUCCGGCUCAAAACUUUACCUUUAAUCAAACUGAAACUUUGGACAUCACACAGAGGAAUCCCCCAGGAGUUAGUUUGCUGACUUGAUGUUUCUCAGCUGUUGGUUCAGCAGGUGUCUGAUGAUGUGAAGCUUGAAUCGUCUGAGUUUGAUGUGUUGUGAGUGAUAUAUGUGUACUUUUUGUGUCUGUAUCAGGCCCGUCCACACGCGUCCUCCACAGCCUGUUCUCUAAAGUGAGUCAGUUCUCGGAGCUCACGAGUCACAGCAUGAGACUCAACGCCUUCAUCUUCGGACUGCUAAAGUAAGUUUGUUUACUCUGUUGCUGUUUUGACUACAAUGGCUUCCCUCGACUUUUUAGAGCUUAGUAUCAAGUUUUUGCAGGCUGUGAGUUAAAUGUUUGUUUUCUCACAGCUCGUAUAUCAUGAUGAUUUCCUUCAUUUCAGCCUUAAAUCUUUGGAGUUCUGGUUCAACCACCUCUACACUCACGAAGGUAAGACUCAGUGUAUCAUUUAUUCAUCUUUAGGUACUCAGACAGAUUAGAGAUCUCCUGAAGUGUUUGACGUCUGACUUCUUCUGGCUCCAGCUCUGAUAUUCUUCCUGUUUUGUUUGACUUUCCUCAGAUAUCAUAGCAGCACACUACAACCCAUGGGGUUUCCUCCCUCUGUCCCAGGGGGUGUGUCAGCCCCUCUUUGAGGAGCUCCUCCUCCUCUUACAGCCUCUUUCUCUCCUUCCCUUUGACUUGGACCUCCUGUUUGAGCCUCACCUCCUCCAGAAAGGCCAGGAGCAGCUCCGCCGCAAAGAGCAGCUGUGCUCCGCUGGCCAGAGCGUCGACCAAUCAACACGCUCCACCUUCCAGCUCAUGAGAGGAUGGAGCGCCACAAUGAGCGAGAUGGUGCGAGACUCGAGUGCUGAGGUGAAGAAGGAGAGGGGGCUGCUGAGGCGGGAGGGGACAUGGCCGAGGAUGGAAGGGGUUGGGUCGAGGAAGGAGGGAGGAGUGAAUUCAAGGUUAAGGAAGGAGGGGAGGACAUCUGAGAGCAUGACAGCUGGGUGUUUGAACAGGCAGACAGCAAUGGAUGUAGGGUUCCUCUGGAAGGACAGGGGGAUGGGGGGUCCGAGAGUGAAGGGCGUAGGACAGGAGAGCCAGGAAGAGGGCGAGGAUGGGCAGGAGAACGACAGAAGGAGGGAGAAAGAGAAGGAUAUGGCAGAGGAGGGGCGUCAGCGGCAGGAAAGACAGGCGGGGUGGUGGUACCAGCUCAUGCAGUCCUCCCAGGUCUACAUUGACCAAUCAACAGAGGGGUCAAAGUUCAUCAAGACUGAAAAGAAAAAGAAGUCAUCAGAGAGGCGAAACGGUCAGCCCCCGCCCACCAGAGAGGGAGUGGUGGAGGGGGCGGAGUCCAGCCAAGAAGGGGAGGGGUUCAGGAGCAGGAAGAGCAGCAGCAGCUCCAGCGGGGACUCAGCUGGAUCCAGAGGGCGGCCGUCGUGGAUGGGGAGCCCACCAGAGUCUGUUCUCAGCCAAGAGAAGGAGACCAAAGCUCAGAAAGGACCCACAGGGACAGGAGCCCCAGCUGCAGCCUCAGACGAGAGCCCCUCACAGGGACAGAGUCUGCGCUGGGGGAGGCUCUUUGGAUCCAGUGUUGGCUCUCCUUCCAGGGUGGAGGGAGCCGAUCUAAGAGGGAAAACUCAAACAACAAGGUCAGUCAAAGAUUAUGUGAUAUAACCGUCAAUUGUAAACAAGUCCCAUCAAAAUACAAAAACCUGUUUUUUAUUUUUUUUUAAAUUUUGUCAUCAGUAGAAAUAAUUUUGAUUCUUCUUUUGCACUUUCUGUUUUUCUCAGGCCACCAUCCGGCUGGCUCUCUCUUGACAGAUCUGUUCUGGACCUCGUCGCUCAGACUAUUGGAGCAGGUAAUGGAAAGAAAGCGGAGCCUCCAGUCACACCAAAUCACACUCAAGCUUCACCACCACCGAGAUCAGCUCAACCAGCUGAAGCCAAACAUAAGUCUCCUUGGUAAGUAAAUGAUAUUUUCUUUUUCAGCUUCAUUCCUAAAACUGUCAGGAGUAAUUUUCGGUCCAACAGCUACUUGAUUAAUGGUCAUAUCUAUGUGUAUUUAUGUGUCCAUGUCCUCUGUCUCUCCUCAGUGAAGUUCGAGCUUUGUGUCACCACAUAGCAACAGAGCCCGGCCAGCUGAGCUUCAAUAAAGGAGACAUCCUGCAGGUCCUGAGCAAGGCCGACUCAGACUGGCUUCUCUGCUCUCUGGGCUCCACACAGGGUUUAGUCCCCAUCAUCUAUGUGACCCUGAACAGCCUGGAGGAGAGCCAGGAGGCUGCUAGACUUGAGGAGUGCUGAGCCACAGCCGUAUGAAGAGUGACUGAAGAGAUGAGGUGACUGCACAUUGGAGAGGAUUUCUGAAAAAGGAAAAAAAAAUAAAACGUUGUAGAAAAUACAGAGCUCAUGAAGACGAUGUACAGACACAUGCAAGGGACGCAUGCAGGCUCACAUCCACUUCAAGGGGACACCCAGAAACGUAUGCAUGUACAUCCAAAAAACCAAAAGUCCAGACCAGAAAACAACCCAAAGACUCCGACACACCUGAAGCUGUGCGCUUCAAGCUUAACUCUGUGACUGUUCAGGCUAAAUCCCAUCAAUCUCUGCUUUCAGCUUAACCAAGAGGCAUGACUCCAGGUGGGGAAAUGUAAAAGUCCGAUAUGAAUACCAUGCCUAGCUGCACUUUGCUUUACCGUCUGUACAUUCACCUCGCUGUGCCACGCUCUGAACACAGUCCUUGGUUUUUUUCCCCUCACUUAACAACCUGGUUUGGGUGGACUUUCAGUAAAGUCUAAGGUGGGUGAUCAGGUUGGCUGUCAAACCUGAGUAAAGUUAACGCAGAAUAACAAGGUUAUAAUUGUUUUAGUGUUCCAUCUGUCUUAACUGGUGACUGCAUCAAAGCAUUUUUGUACAGAGACUAAGGGAUGUAGAGACUUGAAUGCGCAUUUCAUUUUUUUCAAUUUACUUCACAAAGCCACAAAAGCAGGAGAAGCUGAUACGCCGAUAUCUGAACACCUUCUUUCAGUUUGCAAAUCAUAACCAACAAGGGAAUUCAAGAAACUGUCACCAUUUGGCCGCUUUUCAAAAACCAGGAACUAGAAACACUAAAAACUGAAAAUCAUCUAACAUAAAGCAGACAACACUUAGCUCAACCGGCUUCAUUCUAUUUUCUAUUUAGGACGAUCAUAAUAGAAAUAUUACAGAUAUAACAAACAGACAAAUAAUUCUAGUGCUAGCUAGCAAGGGUGUCAAAGUUCAGUCCUUAAGUUUACUUAAACACUUACCUGAUCAAAAGAAAAAACUUUGGCUUGUAUGGUAAUAACAUUUAUAAAACAACAAACUUGAAUACUCAUAGUUUGUAGCUACAGCUAGCAAACACUGAAUAUUUGUAUUGAAUUGAUUUGCACACUGAAAGGCUGCUUUUAGUUUCUCAACAUGAGUGUGAUUUCAGAGGUUAAAGGAGCUCUUUGAACGUUGAGCGCAUGUCCAGUUGCCAAAAUCGUUCUUUUUUUCCCUCCAUUUAGUCGUGUUACCAAACAAACCCUUCACUAUGUUUUUAAAGAGAACACACACACAUACAUGUACAUGUGCAUUGGAUCUGUUGGUACAUACUGUAAAUGCAUUUAUGACUUCAACAUUUGCUGAGUUUAUUAAGUUAUUGACCAGUCCAUCAGAAAACUGGGAGGAGAUGUCCAAUGAAAGCAAAACGUAGCUGUGGAGACCAUGUGCUCUCUGUGUACGUGUCGGAAACUCUAAGCUCGCAAAUUUAUUGCCAAUUAAACGUUUGUGUUGCAUUUAGAGGAAAUAACGUCUCUGCCUUAAAGUGCUUUUAGGAACAAAAGGGAAAUUUGCCCUGUCGGAAACAUUGAGGCCUGUAAUCUAAUAUUCGUCCUGAUGUUAUAUUUUGUAUUCGCUAUGACGAGUCUUUCUUGAAAUGCUCUGGAAGUGUUUGUCAGCAGAGAUUCUUUAAGGGAAAGAGGAGAAAAAGAGAUGAUAUAAAGGGGAUAUUUUUGAUGAUCAAAGGGAAACAGUACAUUUUGAACUAGCAGCUCCUCUGGCUGAGAUGACGAGCUAAAACCACAGAUAUAGAGUUAUCCUAGAUAGAUGACGAGUGUAUACAGAAGCCCAAUCUAACUAUGACACGACGUUAUAAAGGUAAAAUCUAUGUACAUUUAUAACAUAAAUGAAUGCUUGUGUAGUUUUUGAAAAACUUACUUCAUUUACUGUUCCGUUUUACUUUUUUGUAUAGUUUUUACAGUCAUUUAAUUUCUGCAAAAACGAUUUAAUACUUCAUUUGCAUUCAACUGUAAAUAUAUUUAAUUCUAUAGCGAUUAAUUUCUGCCAUAGAGGUUUAUGUAUGAAUGUUAUUACUGAUUAAUGCAUUACAUGUUGAAUACAGAAAGCAGGUAUAGGCUGUAGUUUCAGCACUAACAGGCGGCGGUGAUGGUUGAAGGUAUGAUGGUGUUUUGGUAUUUUAUUCAGCCCUCCACAGAGUUUGCUUCUCAUUGGUGUCCUGUUCAGACUUAAAAAUAAACAAACAGUAUAAAAUUGACAAAACAGAAAGACACAGAGGCUCAGGGGUCAGAGGCCAAGGCAGAUGCACUUUGUUUUUUAGCAUUUGAUCAGCUGAUCAAUCUUGUGCGCUAAAAUGCUACAUUGUAUAAGGGAUGAAAAAGAGAGAAAGACAGAAGCCGUCUUUCUUUCUUUCUUUCUGUCCGUUUUUCGGUCUGCUCUCUCUCUCUCUCUCCUUCAGCUGCCUCCUCCUGCCUGUAAAUACCUUCAGCAUCAGUGACACUGCUCUUCUCUCUGCGUCCAGGCUCUAUAAUGUAAACGUAUGACAUUAUCAAACUGCUAUGGAUGUUCAAUAACAAAGUGCUCAUGUGAUCACAAUCCUGAA